UGGACGAUCAACAUGCACUGUUGGCAUGAGGGCUUCCAGGAGUUGCUUUUAUCGUUGAUAGGUGGAGUGAGUCCUUGUUGUAUGGGAUACUAGAGAUUCUGAAGAUCUGAAGAUAGAGUUCCCACACGAAGAAAAUGAUGACGUUGCCGCGCAUAAGUUGCUGGGCAUACAUGUGCGUUCUGUUGGUGCUCUUCCCCCCUUGUCGCGGUAUUACUCGCCAGCAGGAGAAGAAGGCUGUGGUGGACUGGGACGGCGAGCCGAGGGAGGUCCAACCGACGGCACUUAUCGAAUCUGGAUCGGGUGCGCAUGCCGGUAUCAGGCGAAGUGCUACAGGACCCGUCCUCGUCAAGCAUACUGCAGCAAGGAGUAGCGCGUUGCCGAAGCAGAUGCAGACCGGCUCCCGCAAAGCUGCAGCUGCAGUCCGCAGUGACCCGAAACCGAUCGCCUCCAGCCAAGGUACAGCAGACAGCUAAAAUCUGACUUGCCUUAGACUAUGAAGAUUCGUUGAUGACGUCACGAGUCACUUAUGUAGGUGUAGCAAGGAAGAGCUGUUGAACUUGUUGAGUCGAUGUUUACGCUCCGUAAUGUAGCUGCAUAAGUCGCGACCACCGUGAGACCCACUCAUUGUAGUAUCUUUUAUCCGCACCCAUAUCAAUCGAAUCAGAUCCUGUGCUGGAAACGGCGUCACAUCAAUCGAAAUUGCGGGCAGCGGCGUCACAAUUGAAGAAGGAAGUGGACACCAGCGAGAAGGAUCUCCGCGCCCUGGCGCAGAAACUGACGAAACUGAAGGAGACUGAGUUGUAUCUCGGACAGGAACUGAACGAUGCAGUGCAGGACCACAUGGAGAAGGAGCAAAGAUUGAACGACGACCUGUUGCAUGCAUUGCAGACACUGAAGAACGCACAGAUUACGAUUGGGCCUGGUGAUAUCAAACUCAUUCUGCACCGUGGUUUUUCCGGCGACACGAGCACGACCAGACAUCUACGAAUCUCCAGAAAGUCGACAAUAUCGGAUGUGGUGGAUGUAGUUUAUUCCGUUUUUGAGCUCGACAUCAGCCGCGAAAAUGUCAAACAAGAACUAGGUGGACUAGUACUAACCUCCGGUAGCGCUAGCGGUACCACUACCACCACGCCACCUCUACUACAGAACCCCAGCAUCACAGUGUCCGAGCUCCUGGACGGAGAGACCAAGCAGCUGGAGUUGACGGCAGAGCUGUCGGCGUCGAAGGAAGGUACUGACGAGAAGUGCUCUGCCUUGGUUGACGAGAUGCUGGAACAAGCCAAAACUUCGGUUUAACAGGAAUUAUUGUAUUAGCUAAUCGGUACGCAGACGCUGUCGUAAAAGUUGCAACCCUUCUUGAACAGCGUGAUGACUUCAUCAUUCAUAGGGUUAGCAGUUUUUCUCAUUCUAUCCAAUCUUCUCGCUCACUCCUUCCCCUGAUGAAAUGCUGUACUUGAAAAAAGAAGCUGCUUGAUCUCCAUUGGAUGUACGUGAUGGAACAAUGAAAUCUCUAUCCCUCCGUCAUGUGACCGAAGAACUCAGGUGAUCCAAGAGCGUACGCAUUUCCUUCUGGUAAGGCGCGCAUUACCGUCGGCCGUCAGGAGAUGGGUAACUUUGCAAAGGAUUACAGGCACAAAAUUGCUAGUCACCUGCCUGGGGGCCUCAGCACUACCACUAUCGACGGUCUUCUUACGGGAGCUUCGCUCAUUUGGAAUCAAUUCGAAGAAUAUGUGCGCGGCUUUCUAGAUGGCCAAGGCCCUGUUGAAAGUGAAUUAUAUUGGUGGGAUCAGCUGCAGCUCGUGAUCUCCGUUGAAGGCUACAUCGAUUAUCCCAAGCCUUAUGCUAGAGCAGCGCAGGCAUUCGCUUUAACAAAUUUAGGCGAGAGCUUUUGCCUUUUGCCCGCAUCGGUCCCAUUUCUCUAACGCUCGAAUCUAUUGGGGGCUGCGCAUCCUACACGCAGCGCGCACUAUCGGGCGCGAGUCGGAUCCUACAACUCGAAUCACCGCGAUCGCCCGCGAGUCUGUUAACCGAUUCACCCCCACAAUUCUCACGCUAUCGAGCCCUCUCCUUCUAUCGUUUUCUAACGCGGUACAACUUUGCGAGAGAAGGCGGCAAAUUGGAACGUACUGCGUUGCAUUCGAGUGAGCCGCGACUUCUUGCCAUGAGGCCAAAGCGUCCGAAAUAAACUUCGCGCGUUAGGGAAUCCGUUUGGCUUUUACUGCGUAAACAAUUCGCAAACACGUCCGGGCCUGUACGCUCUUCGCUGGAAUCGAUUGGCGCAUGUGUCAGAUUCGCCGACCUCUCUCGCCGGGCGUGCUCCUCCACACGUUGCGCAGCUCCAGCUGAAGCCCUCGCUGGCGGCUCGUUCUUCAAGCGCGGCGCUCUGGGUUGUGUCAUUGUGCCAAGGUCAGCUACCCGCGUCGUUGCUUUAUUCUGCGACACUGACAAUACCCGCGUCGCUGCUUUAUUCUGCGACACUGACACAAAGCGAACAGACAGUCCGAAGAUAUGCAGAGGCACGACAGCGCAUCCUUAUGCUCUUCUAAUGCAGUCGCUCCAUAUCAGGCUUGCCUCUGUUCUCUCUCAAAGGCAAAGGAUGAGGGCGGGUGGCAUGGGAUGGGCUGAAGGUUGCGACAUUGAAGACGAUCCGCCGAAGCUCAGACCAGGCUACCGCAAACCUGAUAAGCCAAGACGGCCCGCCCGGCCCUGUGCUUGAUGAGUUGCGCUAUCUAAGUAGUGCGCGCGCUCCGCUUAGGGUUAUCUCGUGGGCGACGGAACUCUAUGUGAAGAGUGUGCGCGGCUGUGUGUCUACCUUUCUGGCUGGGCUCCUGGCGUUUCUGAAUGCUGGGGCUCAUCUCAUUACAAGCCAGCGACCACUGCGGCGCUCGCAGUUCCAUCCUACUAGAGAAAACCGGGUGCCGAUGUAUAGACUUAGGAAAUGGGGGCGAGGGUUUUCUUAUGUAAGUAUGGGCUUAGGCUUAGCGAUAAAAUAGCAUCUCACUCGAAGGGAAUCGGAGCGCAUGCGAGACUGCCACCAAACGGAUCGCAAUAGAAUAGGGCCCGAGCAGUGCGAGGCAGACAUGACAGUGGCGAAACUACUCCACGCGUCAAGACAUAGGGAGGGGGUAGGCUAAUCUCGGGCGCGCUGCCUUAUGACUAGACCCCGACAAGAUGAGCCACGCGGCCGCUUUAUUUUGCUUCGCGCUUGCCUUCACGCUGCGCCUCGCAGGUGCGGCGCGGUUUGUCAGGGCGGGCAGCCUCGAGCAAAGCGCCGGACCCGAAAGGGGGCCGGGCAGAAGGCUCUACGCACUCUGGAACAAUUUGGAAAGUUUUUGACCUAUGGGAGUACGCUGCUGCGACAAUGUGGCGAGCCAGUGCGGGCGAGCGUUCAGUCGCUGCUUCCUUUUAUGCGGACGCGAUGGCGCGCGACCGGGGGGCCUUCUCCUUGUUCUACUAGCUACUGAUGAAGGAAGGAGACGCAUGGGCUGGGGGCUGGCGUUGCGCGCUUCUUCCACAUAAACAGAGGCAGGCGGGGACUCGACUGGCAGGGAGGCGGCCUUCAGGCUGGUUGCCGCCCCACAUCCAGGGGAGAAACAAACGGGGGCCGCGCUGGGCCAGACAGUGCGGGGAGAUGAGACCCAAGGGGAGCCCUCUGAGCAGCUGACGGCACCGCGCCCACGCGGUCCAUCGUGUGGCUCAGAACCCUGGCCACAACUGGACGGCGUCAGCCCAUCUGAGGAGUAGCCGGGCUGGGUGAUGCAUAAACACAAGGAAGGGGAAGGGGCGCCUCUUGGGCUUCACUGCGUUCUCCAUCCUCUUCCCGAGAUGUUGGACAAAAGAUAGAAAGUGGGCGCUUGCACUGCAGAGCAUAGAAAAACAGAAGAGAACACACAAGAGGACUACAACAACAAAAAUGAUCUUCAGUAUGUCGCUCAGUCCGUAGCCCGAGAUCUGCUGCGGGUUGUCCUUCUUGUCUUUCUGGUCUGUGAUCGGCUUGAUCUGCUCACGCAAGACUGGCCUGCGCCUUCUGGUCUUCAACAGCCGUAGCCAGCAGGGUGGUGCUUUUCUUGAGGUGCGACAACGCGCAAUCUUGUUGGACGCAGUAAGCGCGGCCUUUGCCAUUUGCCCAGGUCAGUACCUGGGCGGGGGACUUGUGCUUGUCGGUCUUUCUUCCUUUGCGAUUUUUGCGCGCGCCCUCAAUGAAGGCAGAGGCGGAAGCGCAUUCGACCCACGCAUGCGCAUUAGUCCACACCAGAAACGGAAUAACGUGGCUGCAGGCAUGCAAAGCCAUUGCAGCGCCCUGCCCGUCUGAAGUCGAAGCGUAGCGAUCUGCCAAGUGUGACUGUAGUGGGUGCAGCAGAUUGGUGCGAAUUUUUAUGCACAGUCUCAGGAUCAGCAAGAGCCCUCAAAAUCACUCGCUUCGAGAAAUGCGGAUGCGUCAUGGUACUUGUAACAGGAAGAAACGACGGGACAGAAAAGCGCGAGACUGAAAAUGGAAACGGGAUAGCUCGUCGCGUAUUCUAGUACCGCAGAAGUGAUCUCUUGCUCCAUACUCAGCCCGCCAAACACCUCAGCGCGCAUGCUCCUCACAGCGUGCGUCAGCGAUGUAAUCUGCAUGAGAGUGGCCGCCAAUCCCAAUGGUAUGAAUAACAGACGGAACCUACUUUGAGCAACGCGCGAGCAGUGUUGCACUCGUGUUGCAAGCUCGACUUCUCAUCAGUCUCGUCCUCUGGGAUGCGCUGAAUUAACGCCGCGCGCGCGUGAGUGCGUGCCUUGACACGACCCUGAUCGCGGGCCAGCUGCUUCGUCGCUUGGAUCGUUGUCGCGGUUUCUUGUAAGGGGAAAGUAUAGAGUAUAGGCGUCUUGACUCGUGUGGGGUUUGGUAGUGUUUGAUCCAAUAGGACAGAGCACAGCUACACCUUCAACAAGGCGAGGACUGUAGCAGAAAAGUCGCGCCGGAGGACGUUCCUCAGCAUGUUCAUCCACCUAAAAACAAGGCGAGAGACUUGAGCUGGGCGCCUUUUGUGUUUUAGAAAAUGCAAAGACAUGCCAUCACAAAGCAAGGAACUUUACGGGCAUCCCCAUGGCCUUGCGCAUUCCUUCCGCGGUGAGUGUCAUCGGUGUCGUGCUUCUGUUCUUCAGUUUGCUCUUGGGCGCACCCUUAUCCUUGUUCGGAUUAGCUCGCACCAUGAUCGACAGCGAGACGCUUUUCAAUGAUUGUAGAGGCAGGGCGUUGAUAUGGUCAAGAGGUUUUUUGAUCGACGAACAUCGUGAAAGUAAGUGCGUCGCGUUGGUCUUACUUGUGUUAUUCGUUAGCAGAAACGGACUCGCAGAAACGGACUGAGCCUGAUUAUGACACACUACCCCUCGGACAAAAUCACAUGGCACCGCCUCGAGAGGCCCGCACAAGCGAGCUGCUACCCGGGCCUACAGUCAACUUAUUCCAAGGAAAUAAGGACCGGGAAAGCUCCAGACAGCCGCUGUCUGUGAGUGGUCUCGAUGUUUUCGGAUUCUACUCUAGCUAGCGUUGCUAGCGGGGAAGAUUCUAGGCGGCUAUUGUUUGGGAUGAGGAGGCGACAGCUUUGAGAGUUUGGGCUGGUCUUGUACAGCGCCCGCUAAUCACUGGGCCACUGAAUAACUGAGAUAAAACUGGCGAUGGCGCUUGUCUUGUCAUUCUUUAGCCACUUAAUUACAGCAAAAGGCUCUGCGCCUUUCUCUUAAAAAAACUCAGGCACUUGCAAAAAAAGCGCCUUUCACUUAAAAAACCUUGCGGACACGUGACGACCAUGGAACUUGUCUCGUCAUGGUCUCGCUGUCUCUCGUCUGUGUUUCUCUUUCUCUUUGCCGUUGCAUUUCAAGCCUUCAGACCAAAAAAGUGAGAACGUUCGGAGAGAAAGCGUCUACCUUACGUGUCUUCGUGUGGCUUCUCUACUGCUAGUGCUAACACUCUACGACCAUGCCGACGAUGAUGCUGAGGCUCCGAAUCUGCUCACUUGCUUCAGGGUGUGAAUCUAUCCCCUGCACAGUGAUGCCAUUAUAUGCACCACUUGACCUGCAGCAAACUAUGCUAAGCUUGUGCCUUUUCUUGUGCGCUUUGUCUUGAUCUACCCUGGUACUGCUGAGCUACAUGCUUGGACUACUGUUGUGCCAAGUGUCUUCCUCUAGCGCUAUAAAUAUAGACCAAAACCUGGCUACUCAUUCCCGAUAAAUGUACUAGAAUCAUUCUACUGCUAUAGACGUCCACUGGGCUGCCCUCUCAUGAGUACACUGCACACGUGUACUCGUCUGCCCUUUAUCUACGACAACAGCCUGGGCACUUCGAUGCGUAGUAGUAUGCUAGCUAAUUCGGUCGGUUUGAGAGCUGCCUUCUUGUUGCCGGUUGCUUGAAGGUCCACAGAGGUUACCUAUGGCGGCACAUAGCGGGCAGCAACGCCGCGCGCGAUGGGUCGUCUUCAGGGAGAACCCUCAAGGGGAGAUCUGGACAAAUUGGCUUCGCAGAUCCCUUGACUUGGAUUUUGGAAGCCGAAGCCAAGUGUCUGGGUCAGAGGGUCCGGAUCGACUCGAGGCUUGAAGCAACCAACCAUCAGCGAUUCCUGAGGACUUCCAGGAGAAAGACCGCUGGAAGCCUCCUGGAAGUCUUUCGUCUUUCUGCCAAAAGACUUCCAGACACCUGCCUGGAAGUCUCAUACUCAUUGGCGGUCCGGUCAGCGAGAGCGUGCCACGACUACACUCUGGCUCCAGAAGGCCUCACUUUCCGAGACCCUCCGGAGCCUGAAAAAAGACUCCCAGGAGACUUCCAGCACUCGUCUGGAAGUCUCCUGGAAGUCUUUCGAAAACCGUUCGUGAAGCUCUUUUGGAGGUCUCAGACAAGGAAAGCAAGGGACUUCUAGAAGACUUCCAGUUCCAGGAGACUUCCAGAGCUCCUCCAGAGCUCCAGAAGUCUCCCUUCCCAGUGGUCUGUAGGAUACACGCAGUCGCCUUCGGCAACGAUCCAACGAACGGGCAGCAGCAUCGCAGGCGAAAGUGGAUGCCAAUUACCAUCAUAAUUAUACUACAAGAGUUAUGAGAGUGAAAUUUGGUUCCAACCCGAUUUUUAGCCUGAAAAAGUCAGCAGCCGCCAACCUACAAGAAUCUCCAGGAAACCCGUAUCCAGAGCAGCUCCACAUGUCCGGCGCCACCUCGGGACGCGCAAAACCUUGAACCCUUUCUCUUGCCUUGUCUGUCCUUCCUUUCUUCCUUGCUUUGACCUUUGGCUUCUGAUUUUUUUGAGAAUGAUAGCAGAGUGAUCUGUGACAUGAUGGGAAGCAUGUGGUUUCUUGUUGGAGGAAUGAGGGCUCCACGAUGGAAGCAUAAGAAUGUGAGAGCACUGCUGAGAGUUUUUUUUUUGGAACCAUGGAGGACUGAUGCUGGACGAGGUUGCUGCUGCGUGCGCCUGCGGUGGUAGCUAAAGCCUUCAUUAUAAGACAUUACCUCGGAAGAUUAUAUAGACUCCUCCCGACUAGAAUAGGACUUACCUAAGAGUAAACUUUUGAAAGUAGUUCCCCGCAGCUGCAACCUGCAACAAUGCCGGACAGAGUCGACCUCGUUCCCUCGAACAUUCCCCGCGUAAUCCGUUAUCUUUCGGACAAAGAGAAGCGCAUCGCAGCUGACGACGCGAAAAAGCUUCAGGAGCUCGCUGCUCGUGCCAAAUUCAUCGCGCAGCUCAAGACCACCGAUGUCCAGGUCGAUUUGUCGGAUGGCAGAUUCUUGGCGAGCACAUACACGCGUACUGCUCUUAUUAGUGUGUAGUGUAUUUAGAAUUCUUGUAGCUGGGGUCCCCGGAUUUCUUUAUCACACCGGUGCACCUUAUAUGAAGCAGAUCGAUCUGAUCACGAUGAAACAAAUGGAAAGACUAUUCAUCAGACAGCUACAACGUCAGGUGUCGGGUCGGAUCUACCUAAAGAGGGAGGCCCAGCCCCUUUUCUGACUAAGUCAGGUUCUCUCUUCCUCCCAUAAGCCAUUCUGCUGCUGCCAUAUCGUUUUCUUGUAUCUCCAGGUUACCUCAACUGCGACGGGCCGCUUAUGGCGCCGAUCUUCAGCUAUUGGCUGUACCUUCCGAAAGGUGUGCUGAUUAUUCUCAUCGAUGAGGACCCGAAGGUGAUGCGCGACUUCCUGGAGAUGAUCGGCAUCCGCUUGUCUGUUGCGGUGCUACAGUUUAGACCUGUGGUUGCUCUCGAAGGAUCCAGCUACUUAGAUUCGACGAUGCCCAUUGAGCUACUAACUUUUUGAAGUCUAUGUUGAAAGUAACCCUCCUCCUUAAAACUAGCACUGCGAUGAAGUUUGAAGAUCCUCCUCCUGCAAAGAUCAUCCACACCAUACACCACCAGCCUAGGACCUACAUACUCUCAUCCUCCUUACGUAAACUAUAAACAGCUCCCCAAGACCUUGACCAAGCCGCAGCGCGUAACGAACGGGUCCAUUUUGUCGGAGAUGAAGUCCUCUGCUGCUAUGGCUGGCGUUUCAGACGUUGAAGCAAAGAAGUACUGGAUGGCUGCCAUCAAGAAGCACAUGACGAAGAAGCGUGGAAAGGCCAUUGCCAAGAUGGAGGCUGAGGCACUCCUGCUCGAAGACUCUGAUGAAGCUCCGCUUCUCAUGCUCACAGAUGGCCGCCCGGUCGUGCAUGGAAAGUCAGCCCGAUGCUGGCACUGAAGGACGUACUAAGACCCAUUUGCUCCUUGGAGUGUAUCACUUUAGAGAGUGAGAGACGAUCUAAAUUUUCUAAAUCUGAUGAUCUUAACAUUUAUCACACCGAAGGAAAUACAUCUGGCAGGUAUUUCCUCCUUCGUCUUAACUACUAGCCACUGCCUUAGAUGGCCAAACAUAACGCAGACCUAUCCAUCCUCUUAUCAAUGCGACAGAAAGCAAAUACAUCGUCCAACUCAUAACACAGACGCCUGCAACUGGGACGGUGCCGAUGGAUGUCGAUUCAGGUGCAGACCCGUUCCUCUUGGGCUCGGACCCCACCGCUGGCUCUUCGAAUGAUCCCCCACGUGCCGCGACCACGAGUAUGAAGACGGCUAUGAAGCGUGCGCCGAAGGAAGAUGAUGCUGAUGCCAAGGGCUCCAAGAAGGCCAAGAAGUGAAGUGACAGCGUGGCUACAGGUGGCCGGGUGCUUUAUGGCAGGUGAAGUCUUUGAGUGUAGUUUUAGAAGAGCGAGCAAGCGACUCGUUAGAGACAGGGUCGCCCGUGUCAACUACUCACGUUGCCUUUAUCGUCUGGUGUGCAGUUUGUGCACCUGGAUAGAAGGCUGCAACUUUAGGCCUUACUUUCCCAGGGGAGGGACGUUGAAUACUGGAAUCUAUUAGACGUAGAGCAUGACGCCCGUUCGUUGUUCAGUUUCUUAGGCCUUAAGUGGUUCCAUAUUCUCUCAUUGUUGACUCCGCCUCCUCUCAUAUCGCCGGCGCUUCGGAUGAUGCGGCGCUGCAUGCCAGACGACACAUGGGAGGACUAUCCACUGUUCGAAUUGACAAGCACUUGCUGCCGCUUUUUCUGGCUGAUGUUGUUUGAUGAAGCAGGGGAGGAAAGAUGAGACAUCAACUAAAGGAUUGAAGAGCGUCAAGUUUAGACGUGGAAGGCUUCUAGAUCUAUAGAAGGAGAGACGUACUGAUUCAGAAUUUUUCUAUGAUAUGUUAUUUCUUCAUCAUUUUGUCUUGUAGUAGGGUCUUCUUAGUAGGUUUGUGAUUUUUCUAGUAGAUAUGUUCUUACUUAGAUUCCAGUCAUUGCAUUUGUGAAAUUCAUCUUCUUACUGUUUUGCUCUCGUCGACGUUGAGAGCGACAGCUUUCGCAUGUUGAUUCAUCUGACUGGCACCCUUCUGCUACGUUGAUGAAGUAGAGACGUUAUCCUCCAGCUGAUGCAGUAGCUUCGGCCCUAGGGCAAACAUUGAGCACCAGGAUACUAUAGCCAGCCGAAGAGUGUCCUUCUUUUUUUUCGGAUCGUUAUCGAGCUACUCACUGGGCCUAGCAUGAUGACGCACGACCGCAGAGACAGAACCACCAGAAGAAAACUCACUGCAGAUCUGCGUGCUAUCCCUCAACCUUUUCUGAAGCGAGGGGCUUUUAGUUUUUUUGGCCAUGCACCUGCAAUAGCAUGUCAGGCAAAACCGUAGCGAGACUCUCUGGCUGUUGCCAGAUAGCGGAUGUUCUACCUUCGCAGAAGACGUGGAGAAACAAGUGGCCAUCGCGGCACUCGCAGGCGUUUCGCACUUGGUUGGAGUUGACCGGAGCGGAGGUCUCGGAGCGGUUUCUGAAGAGUUGGAGAACCAAGAGUGCGUGGCUGAUCCGGAGGAGAUAUUAUGGUCGGAGUACAUGAAGCCAGUCCCUUCUCGUAGCACUAGUUGACGUGUCGUCUUUGUAUUACCUCGUAGAGUGAUGAACCGCUUCGGAGGUUGUUACUACAGCACUUCCUUAGGCGCACCUAGAUCUCGUUCGACUUGUCAGCUGUGUCUGGAGUCUUUCCUUCAGUAUUCCCCUUCUGCACCCCGCUUCAUCUCCCUUGAGCCUUCUGCUGUGGAUCACUGACCAGCGACUCGCACCGGCGCCGAAGUUCGCAAAAAUCAUCAACAAGUUCGGCCAAGAUUGGAAGAAGAGCGCCUGCAAGUCAGAAAUGAUACAAGAAAUCGAGAAGGUCGCUGGCACGAAGAAAACCAAAUGCAGCGCCGGGACGACUUUGAGAGACCAGCAGGCAUUUCCUUUUGAUCUGUUUAGAUGUUGGAAAAGACGCUCGAAGGUGUCGCUCGCUGGACAGUCUAUUCUCAGUUCUUUCGACCAUGAAACUCCUCCCGCAUUCCUCCCACUCUUGCCGGCCACCGGUCAUCUUCGUUGAAACAUAUCAGGCACUACUAGCGAAGUACGACUAUGCGGCGGUUUUGUGGUGCGCGUAUCAGCGGCAGAUGUGGCCUCGUCCCAGGGCAUUGGCGCCAGGGUGUGGCUUGAGUGGGGUCGUCGGUGUGAUGGUCGAUGAAUCAGCGAAGGGAUCUAAGCCACGCCGUGCGAGUCAGGUAGAAAACUCCUUAUUUCUGUCGGAGUUGGUAGCUCUGGUGUACUAGCUGAUGAGGCUCGUUCGUUGAUCUUGCUAGAACAUAGCCGCGAAGGCAUGUAGAGUCCUUUUUUCAUCUGCUGUGGACAAUUUGGAGACGUUUUGGCAAAGUGUUGCUGAAAAGUCACGAAGUUGUCCGCAGCCUUAACACUCCACGACUAGUUGCACAGUGCGCCGCUCUUCGUAUUUAUUGAUCUACUUCCCCUCCAGUCAGCUCCUGUCCGGUAACAACGAUACCAACAAGAAACCAAGAGAGCCGUACAUGAUGGCGCUUCCACUCCAGACUGUGCCGCCGCAUGGCCCAAAGGCGUUUGAGAAAGCACGCCAGAGCAUCUCCUCUCAUUUUGCGAUGCUGGAGCACUACUGUGCCCCGGAGUUCGUGAAGGGUGUCCUCGAUCCGCCUCGUGUUGGAUGCAAUGGAAACUCGUGCCAGUCGCUCCCGCAGAUCUACGCUGUUUCGAGUGACCAACUGGAAUCAGAGGUGAGGGCUGGCAAAGUGAUGCAGAGGUGGGCCAGCGUCGUUUACUUCUUCGGAGUUUUUCAUCGACUCUCCAACCAUGUGAAUAAGCUCAAGCAUUGGGCUGAGCUUCGGCGCCUAUGUGCGAGGGCCUUUCUCGAGUCGUGCCAAUAGGAACGACUGGCAACAAGCCCGCGCGGCAAUCAUCAAGGACUUCAAAGAUAGCGGCACGCUGCCAGAGAACUGGCAGUCAAUUCGUGCAGCUCACGACCUUACAAAGCGUCUUCAGGACAUUCUGGAUCAACGUAAUUACUUCGAUCCAGAUGCUUCAUUUUUGAGAUGAUCGACGUUUCUUCAUCUCCGUGUCUCUUCUUAUUUGCUUCUUGGAAGACCCUUCACUUCAACUUGUCUGGAACUAAAAAAUCAUGUCAUUUUUCCCCCUCUUGUCAAGCCUCUUGUCACUCCUCUUGUCAUCGAGUAUACAAGGCGCUGAGCGUUUCAGCAGCAUGCGCCUUGUCAACUCGAUUGUCAAGGAGAUGAUACACACAGAGCACACCUCUCGAUCUGCCACAAUUUUGAGCCACAUCUUCCAUCCAGCUCCCAGCUUGCAACCCGGAAGAGGCUGACAAUUCUCGCUGGUUCGGUCAUCGUUUGUUGGCUCAGUGGUUUCUAGCUCAUGGCGCAAUGGCUAUCGCAAUUUGCAACCGCGUUAUCACGCUCAAAGCUGGGGAGGCGGAAAGUGCUGCUCUUGAUCGUGAUGAUGAUCAGUCGGAUUCAGAUGGUGAAGCUCCUCUUCGGCUUGCGCCGGUAAUCGAGCGGCUCCUGGGAGACCUGGACUCAGUUGAGAACGAUGAUGGUCCAGCUUCACCGGUAGGAAGUAGAAGGAGGAGGAGGAAGGCACCUAUAGCAAAAUUCGUGGCACCUCAGAACCCGUCGUACUAUGCGGCGAAUCUGAAGAAGCGGCUCCAACUUGUAACACCUGAGAAAGCAGCAGCACAGAUCAAGGUGACCAAUGGAGUCUACUCGUACUACCAAGGUGUGAGGAAGUUGGAGAGCAUGAAAGCUGGCACGAAGUUAGACCAGCCGAUCAAGUUGGCAGGUGCAGUGACGCUGGCAGAGAACGUUGCUCUGACAGCCGCUGAGUUUUAUGCGGCACGGCAGAAAAACAUCAGCGCCAUCUUCCAAACAAUGGCACUCGAGGCACUGAAGGACUGCAAUAACAUAGACGACUGGGAGGAGGUGUCAUCGUUCUUUCGUGGUGGUUUUCUUCGUCAUUGGAUAUGCGAGCGGUGGGGCCCGGCUUACAGCCUUCAUGUCAGCGGCUUCAUCGGUGUAGAGCAUCGUCUGUACUACGAUGACUACCUUUCUGCGUGUGAGAUCUACCGUGGAAGUCAACAACUCGGAGAUGUGGAGAACUUCUUGUUCUGCUGCGGAAAAAACAACAUGCUUGCAGGUGUGAAGGAGUGCUCUGUCUGAUCGAGUGAACAGUGGUCGAGCGUUCUCGGAGUUUUUCUCCGAGAACCAUUGGAAGUCGGAGAAUCGCACUGAGAGGGAUGCUGGAGACUCAUCGACGGGCCGCGGCUUACUAGCGCGCCGCGUGGAGUGGGCGUCGAGUACGCGAUACCCAGACAUUUGCAUGGAGAUCGUCGCAAAGGACAGCGCUCCUUGUCGUGAUUCUGCAACGUUUGCGAGUGCAUACAUCGAACGAGCAAAAGGGUGCGACGUCGAGGAUGUGAUGAAGAAGCUGCUCGACCAUGAGAAGUCGCAACCUGAUGCGCGCAACACUGGAGACAUCAGCAAAAGACUGGCGUCCGUCUUGCAGUCGAAAUUCCCGAGAUCGUCGUCGAGUAAUGGUCUAGUGCAGAUGCUGCUGGAGCGUUUUGAGAGUCCGGCUACCGGAACCACUUGGGCGGACUACCAACAAGACGGCCUUCUGUUCGUUGUGAUGUUGGAGGAGCUAAAGCAGGGGCGAACGCCCAUCGAUGUUACUGCUCGCUGGAGGGAGUCCAUCGCUCUGCAGUCGAGCCUCGAGCUCACCUACCGGAACUUACUAGAAGACCCAGUAGUUGGAAUUGAAGACGGGGAUGGUGAGACCUUGCUCAUCUUCUUGCUGCGCUCGGGAUGCUAUGCGGGUUUCGCGGUGACGCCGCAUGUUAGUGGUCAUGUUUCGCUGAAGCCAAAGACGAGCUCUCACUUGAAGCUCCGUGUAGGGUUCUUCCACGACCUGCAGAUCAGCCUGGGACCAGACAAGUACGAGUUCGCUAAUGGAGUGAAGAUUUGGCCAGACGGUGACGAGGUCCACCUGCAAGACGAGCUCAUCUACUUCGUCGACCAAAUGCAGCGUGGUGACCUGCUCAACUCCUUGGAUUAUCGCGACGUGCCUGCAGCGGAGAUGUAUCACUGGGAUGAGGCUGCGCUGCGUCUUCAAUUGAAGGAGGAGCUGAGGGAUGAGCGUGACAUCCGCGACGCUGACAAGGCAGACCCAGAGGUGGCGCAAAAGAAGAGGCACGAGUACCGCGCGAAGCCUCUAUCAGCUGGUCGUCGUGAACCGCGAAAGUGCCGCACUUUGCAGGAUCCUCAUCCGCCGCGCGAUGGCUACGCUGACCUCCUUGACCCGCUCAAUCCGUUCGAGGAUGCUGAUGUAGAUCCACAAGCAGCUGCAGAGCGAGCAAAGCGGCAGAACAAAGGCCGGGAGCCGAUGGAUCGAUAUGCUGCGAAGUGUCCGUACUGUCGGAAGCCGUUUGCUGAAGUAGUGCUGUUCUGGGACCGUAGCGAUGCCAGGCACGUGCGGAAGGCCAAGCUGCAGUACGACGAAACGCUAGUGCCACAGCCGAAAGGCGGAGCGAAUCCGUCGAAGCCACUCCAUGGCACUGUCCAACAACACUGGGAUGCGCAUUGGUCGCAUAAGUUCGCGGAGAAUCACUCGUGUCUAGGAAUGGGACAGCCACCGCACCAGUUGACUUGGAAGGAGGUCAAAGGCAGCAAAGCUUCCAAAAAAAAGGAUUAGAGUCAUUCUUUGUCAUAUUUCAGUAAGUGAAAGCCUUUUUAUGAGUAGUUUCGAUUUCAAAUUAUAUGCACAGUUCUUGUUUCCAUUAGUCAUGAGUACAAACUUGCGGACCCCGUGCUCUGUUUUUCUCGUCCAGCGAUCUGGACUUGUUGUGAUCUAAGUUAGCAAAAAUACGCCACUUAAGGCCCACACUACAGUGCGCCGAAACUCGAAGCAAGCCUGAAUUCUGACGGCUACAAGUGGCAUUAUACGAAAACUGGCUAAGCCAACAAAAUACACAAUAGCUACCACCCCACCACUUGAAACAACGAUAGCACUCACUUUCACCAAAACACAGGGAAAAUACAAGAGGAAACUCUUCAAAAAUCUACUUCACUCUCAAGAGCCAAAGCGACAAAAUGGAGGCACAGCAACGUCCUACCAUUGCCUUUGGGCAAAACCAGGCCACAUUGGCGCGGGACUUGACUGAGCCAGAAUUGGCCGCGGUCUAUGUCCUCAGCAAGAACAUGGCGCUCCUCUUGGACCCUCACCCGCAGCUAAAAGAGGACUUGGAUGGAGUCACGACUACCCUCAUCACCAUGCGGGUUGGUCAAAAUGACGCUCCGCUGCCGGCCGAAGGCAAAGAUUGGGUCAAGGCUUAUUUGGCCUACGUUUCGAUCGUGGAAAAAUAUCACAAGGAGAAUAUUUUUGACAUGGCCUUUUUUACCAAACAGCGGAUCUCUGACUGCUUCAACGCGCUGCCGCAAAUUGUUUUGCAUCCAAACUACAUGGAACUCACAAAAGCUUCGGGAGGAAGACGUGGCAUUGAGGCAGUCCGUGAACACUGUGAUGUGGAUACUCCGGCCUGUUUACAGGAUGCAGGAAUCCACAGUGACUACACCUUCCUUCACGGACACUUCGCCGACAGCAACCUGGUACCCCUUACACCAUUCACGACUGCCUAGCACAGGUCUUGGGAGUUUUUCCCUGUAGGCAAUGCAAGCAUGUGCUCAACGUACUCCAAAGCUGCAACGUACCUCGAUCACUACACAGCAUUUCACCUCAAGUAGCCUCUGAAUAUCCAUACAGGAACUACCGGACGGCUUCGGCCAACCUCAAGGCUUACCAGUGCCACCUGCUCCACUCCAACCACCUGCCCAGCCGCCGGCCGACGUGCGUGGCUGCUAUGGUGGCAGCUCAGGUCGCCGCAGCUUUGGCGACCAUGAAGGAGAAACUCGACCAGGAAUACGAGGAGAAACUUAAGGAGCUCGUCAUCAAGUUCAAAGAGGAGGAGCAGACCACCCCGGACUAUAACGUCGCUAAACCAGAUGGACACGGCAUCUACCCAGAUGCGGCGGCGACUGGCUACCGUACCAAGAAAGAAGCCUCGGACGUUCCGGGCUUCAAGGACCCUGACGAGCCGGGCCCUAUUGCGGUCAAUGCGCUCCGGUCUCUCUGCCUUCCGCAUGGUGAUGAACAAGACCAGGACAUCUCCUUCCAGAUCACAUGGCACCUUUGCCGAGUGCUACUACUUGUUUUGUCCCGCCCGCCAACGGACUUACCCCACUCAUGGGUAAGCGCCAACGGCAGGCGGACAACCCGGGCCAGGAUGAGGCAACCGUUUGAGCAAAGGCACUCCAGCCGAUGCCACAUAACAAGACCUCUAGCCCGGACCCAGAUGAUGGCCAAAACUUAGUCGUGCAACCUUCGGCGCGUUGGAACUUAACAUCGGCCUGGUGGGCGGUUAAAGACAGCCUCUACACGAUAUACCACAUCACUGACGAACCACCUACCUCGCAACACACCAUACGAAAACACACAGGGACGGGAAGGAUGAUGCUAUCCUCCACCUCACGGGCCUCGACCUCAACAACCAACUCGCCUUCACCUGGAUGGCCACGCCAGGGAAUGCCGCCUCGUGCAAGGGAGCUGUCCCCGACACCCAGAGCCAAGGCAGACUGCUUUCGGCCGUGGUCUACCCGAACUGCCAAGCUAACUUGCAGGCUUGCCGUCGCCUCGUCCCGACCGUCCACCUCGCGCCGACCACGCUUUUGCACUGGGUUGCAACACACACGCCCACGCAGAAGGCCAGCGCCAAAGCGCUGGCGGCCUGGCUAAUCUUGCAGGGUAUCGGCUCUGAGCGGUCGUUUCUCACAAAAUUCCUUACUGCAAAGGAAUUCGAAACCUCCUCUAAGACCUUUAUUCUGUUUAAGAAUAUUGGAGGACCGUUGUGCCAAGACCUCGCGUCCACUGCGCAGCGCUUGCCGUCCCUUGGUUCGGCUAAGGUGCAACUAUAUACCCAUAGCGAACUCCUAUACCAACACGAUACAAACAACCUGGAGUCCGCCAUAUUUUGUCUCUACGUAUAUUGCCAUACUUACACUCAACAUACCUUACCCACAUGUACGGGCAAACCUACCCUCCCCACCAACCAACAUUCACCCACAGGUCCGCCCAACUAUUCCUCGUGUUUUCUGGAAUGGGUGGAACCUCAGCUACUUGCACGCCCUCGAGCGCCGAAGUCAGGAUGACUUGCGAGGUGCCUUGCUGGGAGCCACGUGGGGAGAAAAUGAAAAAUUGAUCACAGACGCACAAUUUGCCAUGGAGACGACGAUGAGCAUGGCGCAAAAAUUUGUAAUGUAUAUAGGGGAGGCCACUAACAUUGGCGAAAGCAUUAAAUUGGUCUCCCCUUUUCAUUUUUCAUUGUCCGGAGUGGCGAAAAGCGCGCUCGUGCUGCACUUCAUACCAAUGAUGCUGUAUGCACACGUGCGCGACGAACUUCGCAGGAACAACAUGUCCUCCAUGGAGUUCUUAGCACGACUUCAACAAGAACUACAGCAAUCUUCUAAAGUUCGCUCUGCGCAGUGGGGAAAGGACAAACAGAACACCGCCACAACAUCUCCCUCUCCUGCUGCUGCUGAAAAGCGAGCUAACGAAGAGGAGGAAGACCAGGGCCCACCGCAUGCUACUGGAACUAAGCGCCGCAAGAACAAUACGAAGAAGAACCACGCGGCCACCUCCUCUACCACUCCCAAGCAGGGCGAGCCCAACGCCGGCGACUACCAAUCCUGGUGGAACUGGCAGGCGCCGCCGGCUAAAGGUAAAGGCAAAAAAGGCCAACCUCAUACGGCUGUGGCACCAACCGCGGCUCCCAACAAGGCCGACGCCUGCCAUUGGGUGUGGGCACCGGAGAAACAGUGCUGCAAGUCUUGGGAUUCCAAGAACAGUGUCUGGUGGCAUGACACCAACUGGAAACAAACGGCCACACUCAAGAACUCCAAGUUACGGCUAAAACUACUCACUCCACACAAUUACUAAUCUGUCGCUUCUGUUGAACCAUCCAUCUGUCACAUACCUUGUCACCUCUAAUCACCGAAUGGGCCGUCAACUUACAUACCGCGCGGUCGCAAGACCACUGAGACACCCCACCAGGAUCAGCCACCAGCUCUUCCUCCAAACACUGACGCACCGGCCAACCCACCGGGUCAGCCCACGGCCGCAAAGUGUAAACAAUUGAAUGCUGAGCUAAUCCACCGUGGCACUUCACCGGUGUGGCGCUCCUGGACGGAGCUGGUGGCGGACGGAUGGACCCCUGUGGCCACGACGAACAACUCUGAUCCUAAAACAGGUCGCGCAUGGGCAAAAACAAUUAAUACUACUCCUUGUGGGCUGCCGGUGUCCAAAGACGGGACUCUUGAGCCCCCAGCGGUUCAACCCGCGUCCAAACAUGACAAAUACCAGUUGGCUUCUAAGGACGCUUGUGCCUGUUGCCACAUCUUCCACAAAUGCGCUUUCGAUGAGAAUGGCCUUGCUUGCCCUUUGGUCCACCCGUGGCCAACAGAGGACGCAAGUAUGAUUGUUAAACGCAAGUGGAGUGAGGCGGUUGUAGCUCAGUCUAAAUAACAAAGAAGAGGCGUGGAUCCCGAGAGUCCGUAACUGAGCUCUAGGCUAUGAAGCAGGGCGUCGAGACAACACUUCUCAGAUGAACAUGCUGAAACCGCUAUGACGUCACGAGCCUCGCCAUUUUGUAGCUGAGACGAAGUCAGAAAAAACCAACCUUGCGAAGCUUCAGCUAGAACAACUAUUGCCGGGCCGUGUUCUCUCUACCGGAAAACCCAGACUCAUGCCUGCACUCAAAACCUGUGCAACAGUGAGUGGUCGGAUCUAUCUAGUGAAAGUGGGCCACUCAUCACCCACGCGCUUAAAUCUGCGACUCUCGGCACCACUCACCAAUGCAAAACAAGAAGCCAUAUCAUGUGUUGAAUUGGGCCGCUCUCGAAGUGCCCCUGUGUGUACAGGGAACGCCUUGCCUUCUCGCAUGCAACAAAAAUGCUAGCUACAGACGUUUUAUGUUAACCACAUAACCAUACAAAACCCCUACUAACUUUAGCUAAAGCUUUUGGAUAAAAAGCCCAUCACGCCACUAUCUACCUUUACCCACCAAACCACCUCAGGGCAACAGCACUAACGUGUCCGCACAUACGUGCUAAAAACAAAUACUCACAAUCAAAAAUGAGCACCAACGCACCAGGAAAGGGCCAGAAGGUGGGCAUCCCGCCGACCCGUAAAGGCCAAAAAGCAGUCUUCCACGAGAAACUGGUGGCUGCGGCAAAGCGCCGCUCUAAGGGCACUGGUGGGAAACCAGCCCAAGACGCCACCGGAAAGGACCUUCAGGACCCUGCGGCCGCCAUGGCGCCGCACGGUAAGGCACGCCCCAACCAGACUGCCUCAAGCAGCGCCUCGACUGGUGCUGGUCCGUACAACAACGACGAGCAAACCCUCAUCCCGCCGUCCACCCAGGAUGAAGACUACACCACGCCGGCAGCUUCCUUCUGGACUCAUGACCUGGAUGAAGCCUACGACCAUCAAGCUCCGAGCACGCAAGUGUCGGUGGGCGACGAACUACCUGCCUCCACACAAACUGGACAGGAGCUUAAAUACGGCUCUGGUGGCAUGGAUUACCUUCCGGCCAUUAUCAACAAGCCGCGCGAGACCUACACCGUCAGCCAGUCCAUCAAGAAGCUCAAGUGGACUGACCCCAUGGCAGGCCAGCCGGCUAUACUCUGCAGGGACCUGCUCCACAAAUGCGGAAAGCAGCUCGCCUACUUCCUCCGCCACAGCCCAGAACUGGCGCGUCGACACGUGGCCGAGGGCUGGGAGCGUGAGUGGAUCGACUUAGGCGACCUUCAGGAAACGCUCUACCAUGGCAAGCGCGGCGUUUGGUACCCGCUUGAAUACAUUCAAGCGGCUGCGGAGCAGACCAACAGACAUGGUGGACUCCGCUUUGAAAUCGCCUACCACGAACCGGCUCACUAUAUCCGCGCCACAUCGGGACAAUCCGUGGCAAAAUGCACCGGAAGUAAGCGCCUCACUACUAAAGCCGAAGCAGAAGAAUACGCCGACGCCCAUGGGUGCCAACGUGUCAGCCUGACUUUGCUUCAUUCACCAAGUUGCUAUCUCUUCCUGCCUUGAGUACAAAAUCUCGACCUACCUACCUUACCAUUACCCAACUACCUGCACAAACUCCACCGACCGUUAACUACCUUACCAAACCACAGAUAUAUCUGGCGCCAGACCUCCGCAGACGCCCUGGCAAAUAUUGGCCGAGUCGGUUACUUGUUACCGAUGAGCCGCCAAUACGUCCAUUGGGGAGACCACCCGAGUCAUACCAAAUCGAAGGGUGGCGACCGUGUAUGGAUUGCGGUCCACACACACGACGUCAUCGAUGAAGGAGCUGCUCUCUAUGUGACCAAGACGCGACACCAGUUAGUCACAGACCCAGUGCCGCUCUACCUGUGUAGCGUCUACACCUCGGAACAAAUUCCACAGGACUCAUGUAUGAGCAAUAGGACUUGGACCUGAUUGAGAAAAGGCGAGACGCCACUUCCCGGGCCAGCUUUUAGGCUAAGCGCACCAGUGUGAGUAUUUAAAAAACAUGCUUCAACGAACCCGGCCGCUUCAUCUCCGCAUCUGAGUGCAUGUGUUCGCUAGCGGCUGCAUACCACGAAGCUAUGACGAGAGAAGGUCAUCCGCCGAGAGAACGUGAGGCAGUCCACACACAAUAUCGGACACCCAUCCCUGGAUAGUCCUAUGAAAAACGAAAAACUAAACCCGGUAAAAGUAGCGCUCGCACAUUAGAAUAUAGCGCGAGCGAUUUGUUGGAAAAAUAAAAAUGACAGCACGCUUCUUCGCGCCGCUACAUGGCGCCUGGCUCGCGCCGGCUAUGUCCUCGUCUAAGGCCGCCGGCUCCCAGCUACGAAAACAAACCUCACAGCCUGCACCACUGGGAGACCCGACGUGGAAACCACCACCGUCGGAGACCACACCACUCUCGCUACCCACACCAUCGCCGUCACUCAGACUCGAUAAAGCCACCAUCCCAAAACGGGAAUACCGCCACACCCUCACGCGCUACUGCAGCAGCGAGAGCAUCACGCUGCAGCUGCAAGCGCAUGCCGAGGGCACCCUCACCAACCGCAAGCACAGCUUUCACGUCUUCUGGGGCCGACUACUGGGCGAACCAGCUCCCACAAGUCCGCCCUCCAUACUCAAUCGAACACCUACGUAUCUUCUGCCUCUGGAUCUCGGCCACCAAUGACAGCUCCGAGCUGGCAGACACCUACUUUGCCGCAGUAUCUCACAGCCUUCUCAUGCCAGAGCUGGACCCACGCACCAACCAACCGCACAACUGGCUCCAGCCGCACCCUUGCGCCAUCAAGGCACUCAACAUCGCCAAAGAUGACAUCCGGCGUACGUGCGCGGCACAAGAGCCCCUCAAGGCACCACCUAUGCACGUGGAUGCGCGCCGACGCCUCCAGCUUGCAGCUCGCGCACUUGUGCGUCUGUGGAUCCUCCUGGGCAUCCGGUGGAGCAGCUUCGCCGAGCUCCGCCCGCACCACCUCACCUACCACGCCGGCCGCAUCCUCGUAACAGUCAUUCGAGAUAAGAUCGCGAACAAGGAGGGGCGUGCGGUUACCAUCCGCUGCAGCUGUACCUCACCACAACACAAAGACCUCUGCCCCAUCUGCGACAAAACCACACCACGACCAUCCCUACCAGCAGACGGAAAAACAAUGAUGGAUAUCAUGAAACGUCUGGGGGCGAAGUUCCACUCGCCCCGCCGAACUAGUGCCCUUAUGGCCGCGAAAACGCUGGCCUCCGGCAAACACUUCGGCUUCGAAACCUACAUGAAGGCAAGAGGCUGGAGUACCUUCGCGACCGUCCUAUGCUACAUGAAGGACCACGCGGACCACGCAGCGACAGCCCUACUCCCCGUAGCAGGAGCACUCGACUACACCACCGACGAUAGCAAGCACAUAGCCCUACCUACCACAACCAAGGACAGAGACGAGAUCCAUGAGGCAAUGCGCAAUGAAACGCGCACCCGCGAGCUGGACGAGAUCGAAUCUCUUUUGUCGACUAAGCAUGACGCCACCGCCUACUUCAAAUCGAGGGGCAAACUCCUCGCGGAAGGCACUACCCAAAUGAACGGACAAGAUGUCCGCACAAUCAAGGUCACGCCGAAAACUGUAUAUUGCAAGUCGGCGAUGAAAAAGUCACCAAGAAGAAACUCACCACCACCAGCACUACAGACCAGGCACGAAAACAAUCACAGGCCGCUCCACUUCGCAAGAAAGUGAAGUCGAAGUGAGACGCUUGGCGAGAGCCGCGCCCGGACAAAUGGCAAGUAAGUGACUGCUUUCUUAACCCAUGGUCUCACCGUGAACAUGCCCAUAGACAGGUAGCUGAGAUGGGAACAGUGAUUAUUGAAGCGUCAGCGUGUUGCACACUAAAGGGCUAGCAGCUUUUGCUGCCUUUAGCGACAGUGAUCCAAAAAAGGGGAUCCUGACACUCGUGCUCACCCACGCCCUCCUAGAGGCCUUCACCGCUGGAAGCAGGAAGCGAGCCAAAUGAUCGGUAGCAGUGAAUUCUAAUGCAGUGUAGCACUUGUCUGGCCGGAGGCCGCGAAAUGUGAAACGAAUGUAGAUGCGAAUUCCUGCUGAUCUACUCGGGUUCCCUCUAGUCGGUGUCUAUACUAUCGGAGAUCAUAGGUGACUAAAUAAGAGCUUCACGCUCCGGAGAUCUCAGAUGGUCUUCAGGAUAGCGAAACUGAAAAAACCCACCCACCCACACCAGGCAGCGAAAAAUAGCAAAAUGACGCCGAAGAAACUAAAGCUCGCAUUGAUUAAAACGGCCGACCAGUUAACUGAAGCGGUCUGGUCACCACCUGCCGACCUACGCCUCUACCAACAAUACGCUAAAGCUAUACUUGACCAAAAACGUGACCGAGAUGACAACACUCAAGAAUGGACCAACACGGUGGCACAAGCCACCCGCUACCUCCUCGAGCUCCAGCAGGACACUGCGGAGACCAGCAAGGCGCGCAUCAGAAAUGAGAGCCCGGCGCACUUGCAGGGCCUCCUCCUUUCGGAGCCACCCCGCAAUGUGGACGCCAUCGAAACAUUGGCCACCCUCAUCGACCACCCUGGCACCACCUUCACCACGCGAGUCAUCAAAGGGCUUACCUUAACGCUAUCGCCAACGGUGAUACCACGGGGGUCUGGAAAGCCAAUCACACCCCGUUCGUCCCGGAGUCAGAAGUGGCCGACUUCUACAACAGGGCCAUCCGCCUCCGCGCCACACCGCCGGAGUUCGACGAUGACCUUCUCCAGGCAAUCAUCGAUAUCAUUGCGCAGGACGUUCAAAAGGGACGAUAUAAGGAGAUCACCCGCGACCUGCUCCAAUGCCAGCCUGCCAUUGCUUUUCCCAAAGAUGAAACCACUUUAUGAAAGUAAACCCCGGGACCUUUUUGCUGUCGAGUUAGAAACAUUUUUUCCAAAUUUUGACAAAUUUUGGCAUAUUUUGACAAAGCGCAAAAAAUUUUUUGGCCAGGGUUGUCAUAAUUUUGACAAAUUUUGGCAAAUUUUGACAAAGCGCAAAAAAUUUUUUGGCCAGGGCUGUCAUAAUUUUGACAAAUUUUGAGAAAGCGCAAAAAACUUCUUGGCAACUUUUGGCAUAAUUUUGACAAACUUUGACAAGUUUUGACAUAAUUUUGGCAAAUUUUGACAAAACUCAGGAGAGGCUUUGGCAUCAUUUUGCCAAACUUUGACAAAAAUUGGCGACAAUUUAGCAANUGACAUUUUUUGACAUUUUUUGACAUUUUUUGGCAUUUUUUGACAUUUUUUGACGCCCUGGCGCCUCGCGGAGGUCCCGGGAACGACUAUCGUAAACCACUGAGGAACGCCGCAAAGUCCGGCUUCUCAUCGACAACCGAGCCAAGAAUCACUACUACCGCACACAAGAAAAACUAGAACUACACGGCACCCGGAAGGUUCAAGAUCUCAUCGGCAUCUACAUGACACCAACCGGGAAGGAGCGCGCCUACAUCUCCUCACCUCUUGGCCAGACGCGCAAGGAAACCCAUGCACAUAUGCAACAAGAGCUGGCAACUGCGGCGGCAACGACCACCCUCCCAGAACCACCAGAAUCCCUCACGGCCCUCGCGGACCGCCUGUCUGCUACCCUCACCUCCCUCAGCCAGGAAGUGGGACACCCGCAGACACCACCACCAGAGAUGGCUUCCGAUGAUAUAUCCGAGGCCUACUACCUCUUUGGAAUUGACGACCCCAAAAGUUGCCCCAUAACAGGGCACAAGGCAGCGGGCAUGCCGGUUCUGGGUCAGUUAUACGCUCAAUAUGGGCACUGAACCCUCCGUCCCGGCAUUUUGCCGCCUCUCGGAGUUGCUAAUGGCCAUCUGCAUCUACUUCAAAGUCCCAAUGUUGGCUUACAUCGACGACCAGAACUACUUCGCCGCAACAACGCAGCAAAUCUUUGCUGCGAAGACUUUCAUCCACCAGUUGGCAGCAUGCCUCGGCCUGCCGCUUUCCAAGAAACCGGCUGCGGACCAGUCCUCAGCCAAAACAAACACUUUGAAGGCCCUCGGCCUCAUCUACCACUACACUAGAACAGUCGGCACCACCUUGCUCACGCUCAUGCUGCCAAGCAACUACUACAUCAAGCUUACGAAAGCGCUCGACACAACCCUCACGCAAAUCAGAAGUAAGGCGCUCGUCCUCAAAGACCUGCAGAGGCUCGUCGGACUGGCGACCUUCGGCACGCAACACACCCGAUCGAAGAUCGGCACCGAGCUGCUCCGCCCGCUAUGCAAAUGGCUGGGCGAGUCACUCUUUCACACCCUCAAAAAAUGCAAGAAGCGCCGCAGCAUGCUCCGCGUCCACGUUGUGGCGCUGCAGCACCUUCUGCCGACCCUACCGCGAAUCACCCACGGCAAGACAGCCUCACGGAUUACGCAGUCCUACCUGGCCACGGACGCAUCGUCCGACGGUGGACCCGAUGGGCAACCCGUAUUAGGUGCCUUUCACAUUAACGCACAAGGAAAGCGCCAAGCAUUUACCGUACUAAUCGACCGCCAGCACAUCGAGAACGUCAUCGGUAACACUAUCCGCAUCGAAAUCCUCGAAGCAAUGGCUACCUACCUCGCCCUCACCACCUGGGCAACCGCGAACGACCUCAUGCACAUCUCCCUCGACAACGUCACACAACUCUACGCGCGCGUGAAGAUGACUGCAAAAUCGUCACACUUGCUAAACAUCAUCACCAAAUCCACCUUGCGCGCCGCUUCAGCCGAGCAGCGCACCUUCUACCGCUACGUCAGCACCCACUUCAACAUAGCGGACAUCUUGAUCUUCUCGAGAGAAGAUUGCGCCUCCUUCCGCCACUUACUGGCCGAAGUCAUCGAAGUACGGCAACCAAACUGGGCAAAUGUACUUAAAACCCUCAACCAGAAAGCACUGCUACCGGAGGUUACGGACACCGGUCCCGAUACCCGAAACAACACACCGCCUACCCCUCUCCCAGUACCACCAUGCGAUAAUCAACCACCCGCGAAAAAGCAACGCAAGUAAGUGACUGUUUUCUUAACCCAUGGUCUCACCGUGAACAUGCCCAUAGGCAGGUAGCUGAGAUGGGAACAAUGAUUAUUGAAGCGUCAGCGUGUUGCACACUAAAGAGCUAGCAGCUUUUGCUGCCUUUAGCGACAGUGAUCCAAAAAAGGGGAUCCUGACACUCGUGUUCACCCACGCCCUCUUAGAGGCCUUCACCGCUGGAAGCAGGAAGCGAGCCAAAUGAUCGGUAGCAGUGAAUUCGAAUGCAGUGCAACGCUUCUGGCUGGGCUUCUGGCGUUUCUGAAUGUUGGGGCUCAUUUCAUUACAAGCCAGCGACCACUGCGGCGCUCGCAGUUCCAUCCUACUAGAGAAAACCGGGCUACGCCUUACGCCCAUGGGACUGCCACUAGACUACUGCGCCCUGCCUCCUCUUUGACUGCCUGGAAGUGAAGGGGUGCCGAUGUAUAGACUUAGGAAAUGGGGGCGAGGGUUUUCUUAUGUAAGUAUGGGCUUAGGCUUAGCGAUAAAAUAGCAUCGCACUCGAAGGGAAUCGGAGCGCAUGCGAGACUGCCACCAAACGGAUCGCAAUAGAAUUGGGCUUGAGCAGUGCGAGGCAGACAGUGGCGAAACUACUCCACGCGUCAAGACAUAGGGAGGGGGUAGGCUAAUCUCGGGCGCACUGCCUUAGGACUAGACCCCGACAAGAUGAGCCACGCGGCCGCUUUAUUUUGCUUCGCGCUUGCUUUCACGCUGCGCCUCCCAGGUGCGGCGCGGUUUGUCAGGGCGGGCAGCCUAGAGCAAAGCGCCGGACCCGAAAGGGGGCCGGGCAGAAGGCUCUACGCACUCUGUAACAAUUUGGAAAAUUUUUGACCUAUGGGAGUACGCUGCUGCGACAAUGUGGCGAGCCAGUGCGGGCGAGCGUUCAGUCGCUGCUUUCUUUUAUGCGGACGCGAUGGCGCGCGACCGGGGGGCCUUCUCCUUGUUCUACUAGCUACUGACGAAGGAAGGAGACGCAUGGGCUGGGGGCUGACGUUACGCGCUUCUUCCACAUAAACAGAGGCAGGCAGGGACUCGACUGGCAGGGAGGCGGCCAUCAGGCUGGUUGCCGCCCCACACCCAGGGGAGAAACAAGCGGGGACCGCGCUGGGCCAGAGAGUGCGGGGAGAUGAGCCCGAAGGGGAGCCUUCUGAGCAGCUGACGGCACCGCGCCCACGCGGUCCAUCGUGUGGCUCAGAACCCUGGCCACAACUGGACGGCGUCAGCCCAUCUGAGGAGUGGCCGGGUUGGGUGAUGCAUAAACACAAGGGGAAGGGGCGCCGCCUGGGCUUCACUGCGUUCCUCAUCCUCUUCCCGAGAUGUUGGGCAAAAGAUAGAAAGUGAGCCAGCGCUUGCACUGCAGAGCAUAGAAAAACAGAAGAGAACACACAAGAGGACUACAACAACAAAAAUGAUCUUCAGCAUGUCGCUCAGUCCGUAGCCCAAGAUCCGCUGCGGGUUGUCUUUCUUGUCUUUCUGGUCUGUGAUCGGCUUGAUCUGCUCACGCAAGACCUGCGCCUUCUGGUCUUCAACAGCCUUGGCCAGCAGGGUGAUGCUUUUCUUGAUUUGCGACAGCGCGCCAUCUUGUUGGACGCAGUAAGCGCGGCCUUUGCCAUUUGCCCAGGUCAGUACCUGGGCGAGAGACUUGCGCUUGUCGGUCUUUCUUCCUUUGCGAUUUUUGCGCGCGCCCUCAAUGAAGGCAGAGGUGGAAGCGCAUUCGACCCAUGCAUGUGCAUUGGUCCACACCAGAAACGGAAUAACGUGGCUGCAGGCAUGCAAAGCCAUUGCAGCGCCCUGCCCGUCUGAAGUCGAAGCGUAGCGAUCUGCCAAGUGUGACUGUAGUGGGUGUUGCAGAUUGAUUGGUGUGAAUUUUUAUGCACAGUCUCAGGACCCGAAAGAGGCCUCGAUCUCACUCGCUUCGAGAAAUGCGGACGCGUCGUGGUACUUGUAACAGGAAGAAACGACGGGACAGAAAAGCGCGAGACUGAAAAUGGAAACGGAAUAGCUCGUCGCGUAUUCUAGUACCGCAGAAGUGAUCUCUUGCUCCAUACUCAGCCCGCCAAACAUCUCAGCGCGCAUGCUCCUCACAGCGUGCGUCAGCGAUGUAAUCUGCACGAGAGUGGCCGCCAAUGAUAUGAAUAACAGACGGAACUUUGAGCAACGUGCGAGCAGUGUUGCGCUCGUGUUGCCGGCUCGACUUCUCAUCAGUCUCGUCCUCUGGGGUGCGCUGAAUGAACGCCGCGCGCGCGUGAGUGCGUGCCUUGGCACGACCCUGAUCGCGGGCCAACUGCUUCGUCGCCUGGAUCGUUGUCGCAGUUUCCUGCAAGGGGAAAGCAUAGUUAGAGUAUAGGCGUCUUGACUCGUGUGGGGUUUGGUAGUGUUUGAUCCAAUAGGACAGAGCACAGCCACACCCUCAACAGGGCGAGGACUGUAGCAGAAAAGUCGCGCCUGAGGACGUUCUUCAGCAUGUUCACCCACCUAAAAACAAGGCGAGAGACUUGAGCUGGGCGCCUUUUGUGUUUUAGAAAAUGCAAAGACAUGCCAUCACAAAACAGGGAACCUUACGGACAUCCCCAUGGCCUUGUGCAUUCUCUCCGCGGUGAGUGUCAUCAGUGUCGUGCUUCUGUUCUUCAGUUUGCUCUUGGGAGCACCCUUAUCUUUGUUCGGAUUAGCUCGCAUCAUGAUCGAUAGUGGGAGGCUUUUCAAUGAUUAUAGAGGCAGGGCGUUGAUAUGGUCAAGAGGUUUUUUGGUCGAUUAAUAUCGUGAAAGUAAGUGCGCCGCGUUGGUCUUACUUGUGUUAUUCGUUAGCAGGAACGGACUCGCAGAAACGGACUGAGCUUGAUUAUGACACACUACCCCUCACAUGGCACCGCCUCGAGAGGCCCGCACAAGCGAACUGCUACCUGGGCCUACAGUCAACUUAUUCCAAGGAAAUAAGGACCGGGAAAGCUCCAGACAGCCGCUGCCUGUGAGUGGUCUCGAUAUUUUUGGACUCUACUCUAGCUAGCGUUGCUAGCGGGGAAGAUCUUGGGCGGCUAUUGUUUGGGAUGAGGAGGCGACAGCUUUGAGGUUUUGGGCUGGUCUUGUACAGCGCCCGCUAAUCACUGGGCCACUGAAUAACUGAGAUAAAACUGACGAUAGCGCUUGUCUUGUCAUUCUCUAGCCACUUAAUUACAGCAAAAGGCUCGGCGUCUUUCUCUUAAAAAAGCUCAGGCACUUGCAAAAGAAGCGCAGUGGAAUCUAUGACCUUGCGGACACGUGACGACCAUGGAAUUUGUCUCGCCAUGGUCUCGCUGUCUCUCGUCUGUGUUUCUCUUUCUCUUUGCCGUUGCGUUUCAAGCUUUCAGACCAAAAAAGUGAGAACGUUCGGAGAGAAAGCGCCUGCCUUACGUGUCUUCGUGUGGUUUCUCUAUUGCUACUGCUAGUGCUAACACUCUACGAUCAUGCCUACGAUGAUGCUGAAGCUCUGAAUCUGCUCACUUGCUUCAAGGCGUGAAUCUAUCCCCUGCACAGGACAGUGAUGCUACUAUGUGCACCACUUGACCUGCAGCAAACUACGCUAAGCCUGUGCCUUUUCUUGUGCGCUUUGUCUUGAUCUACCCUGGUACUGCUGAGCUACAUGCUUGGACUACUGUUGUGCCAAGUGUCUUCCUCUAGCGCUAUAAAUAUAGACCAAGACCUGACUACUCAUUCUCGGUAAAUGUACUAGAAUCAUUCGACUGCUAUAGACGUCCACUGGGCUCCCCUCUCAUGAGUACACUGCACAUGUGUACUCGUCUGCCUUUUAUCUAUGGCAACAACCUGGGCACUUCGAUGCGUAGUAGUAUGCUAAUUCGGUCGGUUUGAAAGCUGCCUGCGUACUUGUUGCCGGUUGCUUGAAGGUCCACAAAGGUUACCUAUGGCGGCACAUAGCGGGCAGCAACGCAGCGCGCGAUGGGUCGUCUUCAGGGAGAACCCUCAAGGGGAGGUCUGAGACAAUAUAUUCACUGGUAGUCGCCAAACAUAGUCUUUAGCAGACUAUUGCUUGGCAGUAAUCCUUUCUCACGGCCCAGACUCUCCGGCUGAACUACAGUCGGAUAUAGGUAAUUCGCGACUUAAUAGAGACGACUAACUCGCGAAUUACAGGGGGGCUUGUCAACAUGCUGACGCUCGUUAGUAGUCAGCGCCUUUCAUUUUACUCGAAAUAUGUAUGAUUUCAUCAUAAACUUCGACUACGCAUGCAACUUAUAUUAAACUUUCGUAGCUAGUGGCUACUAAUUUCCGCACCCCCGCCCUCCUGUUGGUGCGUAAAUUAUCCUAGGACUACGAGAGGAGCUAACUAAUCUUAUGACGUGAUAAGGCUAAACCAUACUCGUACGAGAGAAAUAUCUAGAUCUACGACAGAUCCCACCUAGGUCAUAUCCUAGAAUCGCGACUAGAUCAGCCCCGUUCUCGCCGCGCGGUAGAACCUGAACCAUCUACAGCACAGGGCGACUACUCGGCAUCUAGCGAUCGCCCUAGAGAUCGUAGGGCGAAUAUUAUAUCUGCCAGACUAGAGAGCUCAGGAGAGAGCGAAAAGAUCACCCGCCCACUCCAAAAUGUGAACCAAUUAAGAGCACACAGCUAAAACAUCUAAAGUGGGGGCGCCGUGAGUCCCUAAUGGCAACACUACCUAGAAAGGCGUGCGUCUCGCGUCUUUGAGGGUAUGGCUAUUUCUGGCACAGAUAUUCGAUAGUGACAACUGUAGCACAAAGGCAUCUCCAAAGGCUUCUCGUCGACAAAUGUCGCAAAUAAAUGCACUUUCGGGCUGCGACUGGUCCGACCAAUACACAACCAACACAAACGAGAAGUCAGACGCUACACGCGGAUGACCUGAUCACAGUCCUGAAUCUUGAGAGUCUUUGUGGCAAAUCGGCCGUAAAUCAUGCGUGCUCGACAAAGAAAACAAUGCUUAUGAAAGGCGGCCAAUGUGCCUUGAUUUGUGUAAGUAUGUAAAUGUGCGGCCAUUUAUCUUAGAUGGCCACUCCUCCAUCCUUCUAGUCACAUAGCGUAAGAUCCAGAGGCGUCUUCCAUUUGUGUGCUCCGUACUUUCCGAAAGAUAUUAAAUGAGUCAAGUGUCGACCUUUGAAUCGUGUUAACUUGUCGGGCGAAUAGGUGAGAGAUCAAACGCGAUCUCCAUAUGCGAUCAGACGGAUGCUGCUUAGUGGAGCGAUCUCGAGCCUCCUUCUGUUCGCUAAGAUAGCGACUAUUUGUAUUGCUUUUUUCAGUAGGUCCCUCUCAGUAAAGAUCUGGAACUUCUGUUCUUUCAGAUCUGGAAAGCAUUUUUGUUUAUGUAGUGCGCUUUUGCACCUUUUUUGGAAUGGAGUGAUCUUCUCGCUCUCUCCUGAGCUAUCUAGUCUGGCAGAUAGUCACUCUACGAUCUCUAGGGCGACCUCUAGACGCCGAGUAGUCGCCUUGUGCUGUAGAUGGUUCUACCACGCGGCGAAAACGAGGCUGAUCUAGUCGCGAUUCUAGAAUGUGACCGGGGUGCGAUCUGUCGUAGAUCUAGAUAUGUCUCCCGUACGUGUUUGAUAUAGCCUUAUCACGCCGUGAGAUUAAUUAGCUCUCGAAAUAUAUGAUGAAAUCAUGCCUAUCUCGAGUAAAGUGCAAGAAUUUUGGUUAUUUAUGAUUGUCAGUAUGUUGGCAAGCCCCCCCUGUAAUUCGCGAAUUAGUCGCCUCACUCUAUGAAGGUAGAUUAGAUUAGUCGCGGACUACCUAUAUUCGGCUGUAGUUCGACCGGAGAGUCUGGGCCGUGAGGAAAGAUUCCAAACAGUAUUCCGCUAAAGACUAUGCUGGGAGAACUAUCAGUGAAUAUAUAGUCUCAGCGCCUCUCUUUGUCAACAUACUUGGCCAGUAGUUAACUGAGCGGACUUUUGGCACUGAGUAUAUAUAUAUACGGAAUAGCUGUAACCGCGCGCCUGGGCAUCUCUGUACCGGUAGCGGCGCUGGCUAGACAUGUCAGUAAACCCACGCCAACAAGAAUGGCCAAAGCAGCCAAGAAAGUGCUGAAAUAUCUGGUGACAGCAAAAGAUCAAGGAGUAGAAUACUCACCAGAAAAGGAAGAAGAGGCCAGCAAGAUACAUUAGAAACUACUACCAGAGGGCAGAGAUAUGCCAGAAGUGAACAUAUUCAGUGAUGCUAGUUUCGCCAACUGCAUCAAGACAAUGAGGGGCGCAAGUGGAUCCAUAAUGUACUACAAAGGUACACCAAUAGCGUGGAGGAGUAACAGACAAACUGCUUGAGCCUACUCAACGGCUGAGAGUGAGCACAUUGCAGCCUCUGACACGAUAGCGCUCAGCGAGAUGCAUGACUUUGCAGACUUCUAUAGGCCUCUUCCAACUCAGUUGGUACACACACAGAACGGCUUGCCACCCUCCUUAGACAGUGCUGCACUGUGGAUAGACGACCAGUCUGCAAUCACAACAGACAAAGCAACAGACGUUCGCCGUAAAUGUGGGCACUAUGCUCUACGUUACCUAAGAUCGUGCCUUGUCCUACCAACUUGAUGAAGGCAGACCCACUUUCGAGACUGACCUGCAGCGCCGCUCAGCGUAGACCUAUGCUACAUCACGUAGAUAACCCGACAACUAAGAGUAGAGACGAUGACUGUGAUUCCUCUGAUGAUGAUACAGAUGAGGACGGUUCAGCCUCCUAUAGCGUAGUGCGUUCGGUUUAUUUUGGUUCCUAGCAUACCGUAGCCAAGAAAGAGUUAAACUCAACACUAGCUAAGAGAUAUGACUGCCGUGACUUGAUACACAGUGAGGCUGUCACGUGAGACAGACUGCGAUCCGCAUCGAUUGAGGGGGGGCGUUGGUCAUGUAUGGCCCAAGCCUCUCGGAUGCCGUGCUGUUCUGUUCUCAGUGGCUCACGCGAAGCCUCGUGCUCGACUGUCAUCGGGAUGAUCUCGCAGGACAUGAAUGCCAAUGAUCAUGGAUGUUGCUUCCAAUGCUCAAUCAUAGUGAUCAAUGGAUAGACUAGGUAUGGUUAUCCUGAGCCUAGUCGUAUGGUGCAUGCUCAGUCCGAUCCCUUCUGGCGUGCUUAUGAACCAAUUAAGAGCACACAGCUAAAACAUCUAAAAUGGGGGGUGGGUCCCUAAUGGCAACACUACCUAGAAAGGCGCGCGUCGCGCGUCUUAAAAGUAUGGCGAUUUCCGGUGCAAAUAUUCAAUCGCGACAAAUGUAGCGCAAAGGCAUCUCCAAAAGGUUUCCUGUCGACAAAUGUCGCAAAUGAUUGCACUUUCGGACUGCGACGGGUCCAACCAGUACACAGUCGGCACAGAUGAGAAGCCAAACGCCAUAGGCGGACGACUUGACUACAGUCCUGAAGCUUGGGCGCCUUUGUGGCAAAUCGGCCGUAAAUCAUGCGUGAUGACAAAAAAGACAAUGCUUAUGGAAGACGGGCCAACUUGCCUUGAGUUAUGUGAGUAUGUAAAUGUGCAGUCAUAUAUCUUAAAUGACCACUCCAGUAUCCUUCUAUUCGCAUUUUUGCGUAAGAUCCGAAGGCGUCUUUUCAUUUGUGUGCUCAGUCUUCUCUGAAAGAUAUUAAAUGAGUCACGUGUCUUUCUUUGAAUCGUGUUAACUUGUCGAGUGAAUAGGUGAGAGAUCCAGUGCGAUUUUCCUAUGUGAUCAGACGGAUGCUACUUAGUGGAGCGAUCUCGAGCCUCCUUCUGUUCGAUAAGAUAGCAACUAUUUGCAUUGCUUUUUCAGUAGGUCCUUGUCAAUAAAGAUCUGGGGCGUCUGUUACAGAUCUGGAAAACGUUUUUUGUUUUUGUUAUGCUCUUUUGCACCUUUUUGGAAUGGGGUGAUCUUUUCGCUCUCUCCUGAGCUAUUUAGUCUGGCAGAUAGUCACGCUACGACCUCUAGGACGAUCUCUAGGUGCUGAGUAGUCGCCUUGUGCUGUGGAUGGUUCUACCGCGCGGCCAAAACGAGGCUGAUCUGGUCGCGAUCCUAGAAUAUGGUCUAGGUGUGAUCUGUCGUAGGUCUAGAUAUGUCUCGCGGACGUGUUUGGUAUAGCCUUAUCACGCCGUAAGAUUAAUUAGUUCUCGAAAUAUAUGAUGAAGUCGCACCUAUUUCGAGUAAAGUGAAAGGGUUUGGCUAUUUAUGAUUGUCAGUAUGUUGGCAGACCCCCCCUGUGAUUCACGAACUAGUCGGCUAUACUAAGUCGCGAACUACCUAUAUUCGGCUGUAGCUAGUUCGGCCGGAGAGUCUGGGCCGUGAGCAAGGAUUAUUGCCAAACAGUAGUCUGCUAAAGACUAUGUUUGGAGAACUACCAGUGAAUGUAUAGUCUCACUUAUGUUGAUGGUGUAUGAUUCAACGUACCCAAUCAACCAAACAGGGACUAUGCCAGCCAGUGACCAUAAGUCACAGGCAGGCAUGCAGAGACUUGCUUGCGUUCAAGAUUCAGACACUGUGCUUCCACUGAGAAACGAACCUGGCUCGGAGGCUUGUGCUCUUGUGGUCCAAGAGAAGCAAAUAAAUCGCGGCCAUUAGUUUGAGCUUGUUGCUCUACAUGAGGAGGCGAAUCCUCAGCCUGUUCAUAAUUUCCAUCCCCCUUCAGCUUCUGAGUGACUUGAUUAGCACCUUCUUCAGCUUCGCCGUCUUCGGAGUCUGGGAAAUCAUUCCACUGCGCCGGGCGAGUGCCAAGCUCUAAGCAUUCAGGAAGUCCAUCUUUGAUCGGCAGUCCUUUGGCCAUUUCUUCUAACUUCUUCUUGUCGCCUCGAGCUAGUUCUUCACAGUACUCCCUCACCUCGCUGCAGUACUGCUGCCGUGCUGCUCUCAAGAAGCCCGCGCCUCCUCGGCUUGGUCGGCUGUUUGGACUGUCAAGAGACGCCUGUGCCCGCUCGCGGAUGAAUCUGGCGCGAAUACUCCAGCAGUUCAGCAUAGCCUCGCACCACUCCAGACUAUCACUCGUUGGCGUCUUGCUCUUGUUAGCGUGCUUCCUUGCUUCGCAGUUCAUUUCCAGACCUUGGCAUAGUAGUACUUUGACGAAGAUCGUCUUUAUAAUGCUGUCAGCGAGAACGCCCUUCAGUCGGGCUACUGAUUUGCCAGCCUUCUGCGCUGUGCCCUUAUCUGUGUCAGUCUUCCGCAACUUUUAAGCCAUGACCAACACGGAGGGGCAACGGCUUCGCCUGCGCUUUGCGUCUCGCUUUCAAGAAUGGCUUUGCCUCCUUCGCCCCCGUGGCUGCUGCUGGUGGAUUUGCUUGGCUACUAGAAGAAGAAGCGGCGCGUAGGGUUUUGCGUAUCGUCAGCUGCGUCAUUUUCUCCAACUUUGCUCGACAGAGGCUCGGGAGGGCCUGCGCUCUCCAUCGGUAAACCAAUCCGCAAACUCAUGCUGAUGAUAAUUACUCGGUCUUUUGCUCUUGGGUCUACUACUCCUCUGUAAGUAGGACGAAGGAGCUGGCUCAAAUUGUACUGCGAUUCGGCUACUUCAUGCGGCUUGAGAGUUUCGAUGGCCUCCCUGAGCUGAGAGGAUUGCGGAGCGAAGUUGUGGCUUCACCUUUGCAGGAUCGAAACAAGCUUCAAACGCUUGCCCAGAAAGAUCUGCGCUCUUGCUGCCUCCGAGUCCACUCGCAAAUCUACUCGGUGAGAGUGAGACACCCUGUCAAGGUCGUAGCUGGUGAUCUCAUCGUCUGAGUACAAUGGUCUAGCUUCCAUCUCGAACUUGUUUGAUCCCUCCGCCCCAUUCGUGACAGGAUGGGGCUUCAGUCGGUUUGCUUUGAAUGAUGCAGGGGCCAGAGCAGCGUCUAGUACUCGAAGCCAGUCUUUUCUAUUGUGUGUAUGUGGCCACUUUUCGACUCCUGGAAUGCAAUACUGUCGGACCUCGUCACUUUGCUGGUCAAAAAUCGCUUCAAUGUUCCGACAGUAGCACUGGAAGGAACCCGAGAGGUGGGGCCCCAUUUUUUGCGGAGUCUACUCGUGUUGCGGUGUUUCCAGUUUUUUGCUUUUGUCGGCUCAGGUCUUUCUUGGUGCUGAGCACGGAAGAGCCCAGCUGCUCGGGGUGUAAUAAUUAUUACGCCCCGCUGGUCUGUGAUUUUUUAGUGCAGCAAAUUUGUCGGCGUGUGAUAAUUAUUAUGCCCUGAAGUUAUAGGAAUUUUGGCAACGAUUCGGACAGUAGCAAACCGACAGAGUUGAAAAGUGGCCACAUGCGUUGCGUUCUUUGUUCCACAGUUGUGCUGCGAUGCACGGCGCAAAGCGGUUUGGGAUUGCUACUGCUUCUGCUUGUACUACAGCCGCGGCGUUGUCGCUUUCAAUUUCUGGAUCAGGCUCAUCUUCAAAGUCAGACUCGUCGUCGUCUUCUGGCAGCAGACCAAGACUCUCGCCCAUGGUCUGGCCGGGGUUCGGCUCUUUUUCUUUUCUGAUUUCUUUCACGCGCUUGCGAGCUGCCCGGCAAUAUCUAGCCAAAACAGCAGCAGAAGAUGGGACUUUCUUGGUUUCUACUUUGAUGGUGGGAACUUUCUCGUUCGUGAGAUCCUGGCGCACUCUGCUGUACCUUUGGGACAAGAUCUUGCGGUAGUCUCCUCCCUCCGUGUGGUAAAGGCUUCGCGCCUCCUCCUCCCGUGCUGUGUAGAAGUUUACUCCUUCCCGCGCGACCGCUGACGCACGCAAAGCUUCAUCGUCUUCUUCGUCAGAGCUCUUAUCUGGAUUGUCUUCAGUCUCCACUAGUUUCUGUGUUGUUUUCUGCGCCAUUCUCCUGAGCUUGAUUCUUUCGCCAUCGUCUUUCCAACUGUUGAGGGAUUGUUCUUUUGCAAGUUGUGGGCACUUAGCAUUCGCCGGCGCUCCUCCAUCCUCGUAAGUGCGCCCACGCUUAAGAUCAAUAGCACGGAUCGCCCCAUGCUGGCGCUUCGCUUUUUGCUGCUCCUCACCGGGUGAAUCGUCGACGCGUUGCCUCCGCUCAAUUUUCUCCAGCUCAGCAACAGACUGCGCACGGGCUGCGAUGAUGUCCGAUCUGUUAGCUGCGCUAUCUGCUCCUGGAGUACUCUUGAGGCCACCCCUCACACGACGAGACUCAUCCUUGUACCUCCUUACCUUGCGCUCGCAGUGCUUCUGCGUACGUUCGCGACCCAGCAGAAACCUCGCGGCACGUGCAGGCCGAAGCCCUCGCCUCUUCAGUGGUUGAGCAGAGACCCAAGACAACAGCGAACGCAUUGCCAUGGGCGAAGGGUCUCCUGCUAUGUGCGUCGGAGUGUAGUUCGCAAUACGCUCCUGCGCAGCAGCAGGGUUCUUGAUUAUGUCCCACAAGAAAGCCUCGCGCGCUUCGCUUGCGCCGUCUCUGUACCAUAGUACGACUCUGGCGCGCAUCAGACAAAUUCGCGCAACUUGGCGAUGCAGGUUAAUCUGGUAAAAGGUAUUCGAGUGCUUAUGUAAAGCAUCAUGACAGAAGUCGAGGCAGCGUGUUCAUUUCUCUACAUUCUAGCUGUUUCAUAUGUGUUGAGUGUACUUCUGCGCAAGCUUUGCUCGCCACGAAUACAAGUAGAACCCCCCAAGAUCAGCGGUAAGCACGCUACAGAGUCUAGCAGUAAUUUUUAACGAAAGACUUUUCGCCACACUUAUACAGCCAUGAAGUGCUACACUUCAAAAAAUAUCCAGGCGCCAUCUGUUUCGGCCAUGGAGAAGGCUGCAAGGCUCCAGAUCCAAUGCCGCAGAGUAGCGACCUCACAUCUUGCGGCGCUUUCUCUGGAUCAUGUAGGUGCGCCAUCGUGGUAACGAAGUCGCCCAUAAACGUUUGCCGCAACUUGUCGCGUUUCCGUUUGUAGCGUGAUCGGACAUUUCCAAGAAGAAGGGGGCUGUAGCGGUCCAGCGGUUAAACUGUGACUCUUAUAAACCACACACAGAGGCAAAAAAUGCAUAGUGUCGUCUUUGUUGCUCCAGUCUGUGCUAAAAGCAUACUGAAAAACGUGGCCCGCGCCAAAAAUCAAGCCCCUCGCUCCCCAGUCCAUGAAAAACGCGGCACAAAAAGCAACACAUCGCCACACAGUAGCAGCAGCACGCAUGGGCUACCGUCAGCCACCUCGUCCAGACGGGUAGUUUCCACCCCUUACGUAAGGAGUGGAUAGCGCGCACCAUCGCAGCAGAGCCUUCGCAUUGCACUGGAAUCCGCUGGCCUUCAGUGCGUCCCUUUAGUAGCUCCCGUCUCUUCGCUUCUGAAACGCUGCAACGCGUCAAAAGCUCUGCAGGUUCUGGCUGUUUUGCUGGCUUGCUCGCAGCUGACGAAAAUUCGUUGAUCCACUCCGCAACUCCUCGUAACUGGCUCUGGGUUUUCUGCUGCAUCAAUUUCACCGAGAGAGCCUGCAGAGGAGAUCCAUGAGAGAAGUCGGGACUCACAAAAGAGAAGCUAUCGCAUCAAACCGAUCGGGGCUACCUGGUCCUUCUGUCAGCAAACGCGAUGGACGAAAAACGACGAGGAAAGUUAUCUAAUGAAUCGCGACUGCAGUCGGCUUCUCUCAAGCUAUUACUAUAUCAGCGCACGAAUAUGAAACAAAACGGCUCGCAGUUUUACUGCGAAGCAGGGGCACUAUCUUAACUGAGGACAAAUAGCGACGAGAGGCAGGCAGUGACAAAAUGCCUGGAGAUAACUCCUUUUUUGCCAGGCUUUGGGAUGCAGUCCACAUAGGGACACGCACGCACUCGCUGCACUUUGGCACACCAGGGCCGCCUGGUGUGCCUUGCACCUGUCUGGCCAAAAUAUCACGUUUUUGCGCAACCAAGGAUCCGCCAGAAAGAGCCCACCGAGGUAAAGCAAGGUGCUCAGCGUGCUGCCGCCCGACUCUGAGCUCGGUGGUCAAAUUUUGGCCGUGCUUUCCGGAAACGCGUUAAAAAGCUCGCGAGGAUUAUAAGCACUCCACAGCUGAUCAGCCACCUCGAAAGCUUCGCGAUAACCUCGGAGAGCGUUUCUUUUCCUUAUUGCGUUUCGCCUCCCUGUAGUUCGCCGAAUUCGGAUGCGUCACGGUAUGAGCUGGGAGGUACCAAAAGCCAACGUCGUCGGCCCCUCGUAGUUUGAAGCGCACAAGCACAGAACGAAGCGAGCGCUAAUAUUUGAUGGGCAUACACGCGAAUGCGCCCCGCCACGGAGUUUUCGUGAUGCGUUUGCAUUGCUGUUGUGUCGUCUGUUUCAAAUCGCCCCUGCGCAGCAACAAACUGCGCCUGCGAUGCUAUCCUAUUCGCCACUAUUUUCCCCGCGUCCGCAACAAGUGGCCCCAGCUUCCAUGGCUUUCGUGCUUCUAGUGCGUUUUUGCUGUGGAAGUAAGUGUCAGCUUCUAUAUCUUUCUGCAUGUCGGUGCUUGCUUGGAACUACUGAAGAAGAAGAGGAUCCACUUCCGCCACCUGCUACAAAAGCGGCAGCUUUUUCAAUUGUGCAUAUUAUAAACAGAAGAAAGACAACCCGCAUUAUGAUCUUCACCCCGCAUCCCACCGUCUUCACGCAAGGCGCGCCCCGUCACCGAAUCUGGAAGAGUUGCAUCUUUUUACCUUUAUCUACAGCUUCCGCUGUAGUUCAGCACUCAGCAGCAGGCUGGCUUGAUAUGCGUUGCCGCUUUCCAUAUACGCUUGCGAGCCUCCUCUUUCUUGGUUUCUUUACUUGCUUCCCCCCUGUUCUCCUCUAGUACCAGACUACUUCUAUGCAUAUCUAUACUACAGGACUUGCUUACUAAAAACCACCAGUCGGAAUUCAGGAGGAGCCUCCACAGAGUGGCCCAAUGUGCUAAGCGGUCCCAUCACUUUGCCGCUUUGCUGAGCGUGCGACUUGUCAAGCGUGCAACUGCACCCCACAAACAUAAAAACUCAAGCCCGUUUGCUUUUGCUCUCUGUUUGCGUGGCUUUCUUUUCUUUCUACUCCGUGCCCCAAGCUGCUCUCUUGCUUUUCUCUCUGAUUCUCCUCUCACUCAUGGCGCCGAGCGUUCAUGUGCUUCCACUGCCACAUCUUGCCGCAGAUCACCGCAACGAACACCGAGCAGAAACCGAUCAGGUGAGUUCGAUUGAAGCGCGGCGCCCCGCUGUAGCAGGAGCAAGCUCAGAACACAAAGAGAAACAGGCAGCGCCACCUUUCUCACGAUGGUGCUGCCCUUGCUCCGGACCUGCCUCGGCGCCUGCGCUUCGCGGUGAAGUCGAUGGCGUCGGGCAGUUUUUCUAUUGGACAGAAUAAAGAAAGAAACAAAAGAAAACCCCACUACAAGAAAAAACUUUCUAAAGAAACCCCAGAGACUUCUGGCGGACUUCUGAUGGACUUCCUUCAUCCAUUGCGCCGAGGUCUAACUAGCACGCCGAUGGCCAUCUUGGGUGGGGCGUUGUAUCAGGCUGGUGCCCCAAUUGGGGUGCCUGCUGGAUCUGCGUCGAAUGGUCAAGGUUCUCAUCUUGGCGGCGCUGUGAAUGAGGGGGAUCUGCCUCCUGCUGCUCUUGUCGUCGAGGAGGAUAGCUUGUCUACGGUUUUGGCUGCUGAUACCGACGCGCCCAAGGAGAUGGCGAGCAAGGACAGGGGCGGCAGCUCUUCGAUGACCAGCGCGACGGCCGAGCGCGUUGCCCACGCGAUCGACGUGGACACUCAGCACAUGUUAGGCCGUCGUGAGUCUGAGGCGAUUGCGAAGGUGUUUCGCGGAAAGCAGGCGGAUACUGAACUGCACAGCUUAGCUCUGCAGCGUCGUCGAGUGCAUCCGCGCUGCGGAGGAGCAUAUGACUGGCCUCGGCCUCGGUGCCUUGCAUCUCUUUGGUAUUUCGCUCUUCUUAUCUUCUUCGAGAUUUCUGACCCUGGUGGGCUUCUAGGGUUCCUUCUAUUGUUGUUGCAGGUCGGGCAUAGCAUGAGCAGAGAGCUGCUCCCGACGCUCUAUCUUCAUCGUCAGGCCUUCUCUGACUUCUUCCGCCAUCGUAAUCCAAUCGACCCCCCACACAGAUAAAAACGGAGAGGCGCACUGUGCUCGCCUGGCUCCUUGGUGCAUGGUGAAAACGACGCCAGGCAGCGCAAAGGAAAUAGCUCGCGCACGUCACAGCUCUGGCGGCGUUAAGUCGCUGGCUUUGGCGUUCGAUCAUGUGGGCGGCGUUCGGCUUGCUUUACUUGGUGGCGAUUGCCUUUCCAGGGAGCUCACCAGUCUGGACACCGGUCGGCGGCUUUACCUGCUGGCCCUUCUUGGUUGCAAAGAAACUGCACCCAGCCACGACGAGGAGGGCAAGCGAGUGCCCGCUUCGCGGGAAUUCCCAUGGCUGUGGUUCGGGUGCCGCACUGUAUUCGGCUCAUGUGCAUGCACAUCGAGGAGCGGAGGCCAAUGGGCUGCGUGGUCCCCCUCAUUGGCAAACCCCUCGAGCAAUUAGGUGAACCCAGCGGGGGCUGGCAAGGUCAAAGACUUAGCCUCUUUAAAAAAGGGCUGGCAGGCGUGGCUCUUGCGCUUUUCUCUUCAAUCGCCGGCCGCUGUGUGCCAUGUUGAGCUGACAGCCGUCAAACCAUGGCCGCUGACGCUCCCCGCCAGUGGCAAAAGAGCAGCAAGCCCGGCCCGCCGUCGGAGUGCGGCGCGGAAGAAGUUUUCUGGUGGAGAUCGACGCUCGCCAGCAACCCGCCAGGCGCUCUCUUCUUCGAUGGCAGUCGCUUCCGCUGGCUCCUGUGGUGGGUGGCAGUGUUAUCUGCAGGCCGCCAGUUCUUUUGCUUGGUCUUUGCUUAGUAGUCUUGGCGUCGAUCAUAGUGCGUGGCGACGCAGCAACACCCAGCGGCACCGGCUGGGGUGGCACCGUCAACGGCCGUCGCCUUCGGGGCUUUUCCUCUGAGGAGAGGCUGAGCCCUAGCCCCAAUGCCAAAGGGGCCGCGCUGUGGCUUUUAUCUUGUUGGUGGAAGCCUUCAGCAAGUCGGGCGGCAGUGACGUGUUUCCACCAAAGACGUCGCGCACUCUGCUGGCCACCCUCCCUUCUGAAAGGCCUCGCUACUAACUGCUGAGUGUCGCAGAUCUGUGAAGCCUUGGGCCAUUAUGUAGUGGCGGGCUGGCGGCGCUCUCCCUUUCGGCGGGUCGUCUGGCUACUGCUGAGCAACAGGCAGCGCCCUGGCCUCUUGAUCUUGGCUCCCUUCUAAAAACCAUAGCGAAAAAGUUGGCUCAGUCACUUUCGCUAUUGCUAAGGGCCAGGCAGUGCUAGCAUUCUCUGGGCUGUAGCUAGCUGCUGGCAAGAAGAAGGGCUUCGCUAGUGCUGAGUGUUAGGAAGUUCUGGGAAGCCUUAGGCCGUAGCAGGCUCUUGGCUCCCCUUCCCUUGGGUGGACGGGAUGCGGCCUUUGGUCUUAUUUGGUUCGCUUUGGUGUCACUGGUUCAGGGCCCACGUGCUUGCCUUCUUGACUGUAGUGGCUGGCGGGUCGGCGGGCUAGCUAUGUCCCUCCCCUCUGCCAAAGGGUGGGCGGGAGACUGGGGCCGUCAGGGUGGGGAGCGGGGGCUUCUCUAUUUUGUUAGUGUGCCUCGUCGUUAAAAGUAGCGCGGCUGCGGUGUGUUGCUUUUCGUUGUGGAGUGGAUGGCGCAGCGCUGCCUGGGGUUUUGGCGCCUUUAGUAGACUGCGCUCUCCCGUUAAGGCUUCUCGGGAGUUACUAGCGAGUGGCUGGCGGUGUCACACGUAUCGCGUGGCUGUGGGCUUUAUCGUUCUACGGCGUUGCUGCUUUCGUAUCAGUCGGGUGGCCCUACUGCUGAGCGUCAGGCCAUGGCGUGCUUUGGCUUUCUUUCGGGUCUUGGCUUUUCUUUCUAUAGCGGCAAACGGAUAGGCGCUACCGCUGAGCAUCGGGCAGCUCUGGGAAGCCUUAGGCCAUAGCAGGCAUCUGGCUCUUUUUGGCUUUGGGUGGACGGGGUGCGGCCUUUGGCCUUGUUUGGUUCGCUUUGGUGUCACUGGUUCAGGGCCCACGUGCUUGCCUUCUUGACUGUAGUGGCUGGCGGGUCGGCGGGCUAGCUAUGUCCUUCCCCUCUGCCAAAGGGUGGGCGGGAGGCUGGGGCCGCCAGGGUGGGGGGCGGGGGCUUCUCUAUUUUGUUAGUGUGCCUCGUGGUUAAAAGUGGCGCGGCUGCGGUGUGGUGCUUUUCGUUGUGGAGUGGAUGGCGCAGCGCUGCCUGGUGUUUUGGCGCCUUUAGUAGACUGCGCUCUCCCGUUAAGCUUAAGGCUUCUCGGGAGUUACUAGCGAGUGGCUGUUGGUGUCAUACGUAUCGCGUGACUGUGGGCUUUAUCGUUCUGCAGCGUUGCUGCUUUCGUAUCAGUCGGGUGGCCCUACUGCUGAGCGUCAGGCCAUGGCGUGCUUUGGCUUUCUUUCGGGUCUUGGCUUUUCUUUCUAUAGCGGCAAACGGAUAGGCGCUACCGCUGAGCAUCGGGCAGCUCUGGGAAGCCUUAGGCCAUAGCAGGCAUCUGGCUCUUUUUGGCUUUGGGUGGACGGGGUGCGGCCUUUGGCCUUGUUUGGUUCGCUUUGGUGUCACUGGUUCAGGGCCCACGUGCUUGCCUUCUUGACUGUAGUGGCUGGCGGGUCGGCGGGCUAGCUAUGUCCUUCCCCUCUGCCAAAGGGUGGGCGGGAGGCUGGGGCCGCCAGGGUGGGGGGCGGGGGCUUCUCUAUUUUGUUAGUGUGCCUCGUGGUUAAAAGUGGCGCGGCUGCGGUGUGGUGCUUUUCGUUGUGGAGUGGAUGGCGCAGCGCUGCCUGGUGUUUUGGCGCCUUUAGUAGACUGCGCUCUCCCGUUAAGCUUAAGGCUUCUCGGGAGUUACUAGCGAGUGGCUGUUGGUGUCAUACGUAUCGCGUGACUGUGGGCUUUAUCGUUCUGCAGCGUUGCUGCUUUCGUAUCAGUCGGGUGGCCCUACUGCUGAGCGUCAGGCCAUGGCGUGCUUUGGCUUUCUUUCGGGUCUUGGCUUUUCUUUCUAUAGCGGCAAACGGAUAGGCGCUACCGCUGAGCAUCGGGCAGCUCUGGGAAGCCUUAGGCCAUAGCAGGCAUCUGGCUCUUUUUGGCUUUGGGUGGACGGGGUGCGGCCUUUGGCCUUGUUUGGUUCGCUUUGGUGUCACUGGUUCAGGGCCCACGUGCUUGCCUUCUUGACUGUAGUGGCUGGCGGGUCGGCGGGCUAGCUAUGUCCUUCCCCUCUGCCAAAGGGUGGGCGGGAGGCUGGGGCCGCCAGGGUGGGGGGCGGGGGCUUCUCUAUUUUGUUAGUGUGCCUCGUGGUUAAAAGUGGCGCGGCUGCGGUGUGGUGCUUUUCGUUGUGGAGUGGAUGGCGCAGCGCUGCCUGGUGUUUUGGCGCCUUUAGUAGACUGCGCUCUCCCGUUAAGCUUAAGGCUUCUCGGGAGUUACUAGCGAGUGGCUGUUGGUGUCAUACGUAUCGCGUGACUGUGGGCUUUAUCGUUCUGCAGCGUUGCUGCUUUCGUAUCAGUCGGGUGGCCCUACUGCUGAGCGUCAGGCCAUGGCGUGCUUUGGCUUUCUUUCGGGUCUUGGCUUUUCUUUCUAUAGCGGCAAACGGAUAGGCGCUACCGCUGAGCAUCGGGCAGCUCUGAGAAGCCUUAGGCCAUAGCAGGCAUCUGGCUCUUUUUGGCUUUGGGUGGACGGGGUGCGGCUUUUGGCUUUGUUUGGUUCGCUUUGGUGUCACUGUUUCGGGGCCCAUCCCCAUGCGCUUGCCUUCUUGACUGUAGUGGCGGGCUAGGUAUGUGUCUGCCUUCUACCAGAGUAAGUUGCUUCCAAAACUCGCCAGGAGCUUUCUCCCAAGGAAGGGGUGAGGACUGUGCGCCUUGAAUGCUGCAGGGUGGGCAUUUGGGGCCUUAUUCUGUGUGGGGAUAGGUCGUGCUUCUGGGUGUUGCGUGUGGCCUCGUGGUCACUUGGAGUGCCGUAGUGGCAGGUCUCUCUGCUUGGCUGGUUGUUGAGGCAUUGCCUGCGGGCCAAGUCUCGGCUGGGGUGUGGCUUGGGGGGCCCAGUCUCGGUUGGAGGGAAGGUAGGGAAGAAGCCAAAGAAGCCCCCAGGGGCGGAAAAGGCUGGAGGAGAGAAUGAAGCGGCUGGCGGAGGCGACGCGGAUAGAUCUCAGAGAAAGGAAGAAAGGGAAGAAGCAGCCAAGAGACCAAGAGGAGGAGAAGGGCAGCGCCCUCAAGAAAAAGGACGAGAGGGGGGCACCGAGCAGCCCCACAGCAGUAAAGAGGAAGCAGCAACGAGAACAAAGAGCAAGACUGAAAGAGAAGAAGAAAGCCAGCACAGACGUGAAAAAAAGAGAAGAGGAAGGGCGGAGGCCCGGCAAAAGGACCGCCGGACGAAAUGAGGCCAAGGAGACCACGACGGGAACAGAGCAGCAAGAAAAAAGGCUGAAACGAAGGGGCCGCGUAAGGGGAGACACCCCGACGAAGGAAGGGGGAGGCAGUGCAGGAGGGUAGGAGCAAGCGGAGCGGGCUCCCCUCGCCUCCUUGGGGUCCCUCGAAGAGGUGGCGGGCGCGGGUCUGGCCUCUCUCUGCGGGGUCGAGUAGGGGCAGCCUUUUGUCUUAAGGGAGGCAACCCUCUCACGCAAAACUGUUGCAGGGAUGAGAUGACACCCCGCCCCACCCGAUCGGUGGGCUUCCAUCAUCGUCAUCAUCUUCAUCACCCUCGUCGGAGUGUGGCUUGCCGCUGACUGGCCCCUCGGUAUAGUGUGGCCGUGUUUCCAGUUGUGACGCUGGUUAGCAGGUGGGCAGUUUGGUCUUUUCUUAUCUGGGUGGGUGCCUUGCUAGGUGCGGAAGUAUCUAGAAUGAAGAAGGGCGUGCGGUAGUUGCACACUCUUAAAGCCUAAAGCGGGAGAGUUUACCUUUCUCGGUGAGCGUGACUGCCAAGUCUUUGCUCUGCUAGUAGUGAGUGCGCAAAAAACCCUGGAGACGAAGCUGGUCGGUGCUGGUCGCUCUGUGUGUGCUUUUCUGUGUAAGUAGGCUAGAGCGAGGGCCCCGCCAAACUUGACGGAGGUGCUGCCAGAGGGUGCUGCAGACUAGUGCUAAGGGCGCUAGGGGUGAUGCUCAGACUAAAGGCUUUGCGAAGAGUAUCGGCGCGGUGUUUCUCUUUUAGCUGUUGUUGCUGUUACUUAGUCUGGGCAUCGCCUGGCUGAGUUAUGGACCUAGCAGAGCUCAGCUGAGGCAGCGCGGCUGUGGGCGUGACUUCGUUGCUCUUUGUUGCUGCUCCUCCUAUGGAUGUGGUGCGCGCUACUGCUGAGCAUCAGGCAGCGCCUCGGUUAUAGUGGUCUGGGCUUCUUUCUGGAAACUAUCUUAUCUAUAGGGAAGGAGUUGGCUUAUUACUUCUGAGUAUCGGGCAGCGCAAUUAGCCUUCGGGCUGUGGCUGUGCGCUGGCAAAAUAAAUGGAUGGGCGCUACUGCUGAGUAUCAGGCAGUCUUGACUUGAGAGGCUUGGCGCCAUAGUGGGCAUCUGCUUCCCUUUGGGUGGACGGGGUGGGUGCGGCCUUUGGUCUUGUUAGUUUGGUUCGCAGCUUUGGCGCCAUUGUUUCAGGGCCCAUCUGCGUGCUUUCUUGACUGUGGUGGUGGGUCGGCGGGCAUUCUAUCCCCUUCUGCCAAAGGAAAAGGCCGCAGCUGACGCGGGCGCCCCUUCUUCUCUUGACAUGUCUCGCGUGUCUUUACUCAUUCGCAACCCCGUGGCGCAGCAUUGUCGUGGGCUUGUCUCAGGGAAAACCUUGGGGACUGGCAGUCUUGUCGCGGAUGUGCUUUCGCGCUUCGAGGACGUCUUCAAGCUUCGGGGGUGUCUUCAGUGAAUUCCAUGGCUGGCGGCUCUUCUUUGGCGGCACCUCUGCGAGAGGUCUCGGCUACAGAUCUUGGGGGAAGUUCUUGGGCCGGUGUCUGGUGCCGCUGCUAUGGCUUCAGACGACACGCCGGCCGCCUUUGAGUCUUGAUUUUUCCCAUUCCCUCACGGUGUGAUCUGACUGAAGCCCGCCGCCUGCCUCACUACGUCGGCCACCUCAUCACGCGCCGGGCUUGGUAGUUUCUUUCCGCCAGCUGCGUCGACUUUGCUGGUGUUCGAGUUCCUCGAGAAACUUGCCGCCCACGUGUCGACCCCCUUCGAGGAGGCCGCCCUUCGUAGUUCUUGUUCUGCUUCUUGGCGGGCAAUUCGUGCCACUUUGUGCGCAAUUUUGGCGGGCCUCAAAGCUCAAGCAAGGGGCCCCUGUCUUUCGGGUUGGUAACUAACGGCGCCGCGCCUUCUCUCGCUGAUUCCGCGCGUCGUGUCUACGCUCGCCCCCGUGCCGCUGUGGGAGUGGUCUUUGUCUUUUGUUCCACAGCCUUCCCUUCGCCUCUGCCGCCAGUGCAAAAGUUCUUUGCGCGCGGUACUCGUCUCAAAGUUCUUUGCCACGGGCUUGGCUGUCUCUGUCGUCUCGUUAUCGUUGGCGCCGCUUCUGCGUGUGGGGGAGUCAUCGCUCACGUCUGCUGCUGGUGCUGCAAAGCGCGCGGUGGGGCUGAAGGGUGUCGCCUCGUCAGUUUUCAAGGGUGACCCCUAUGAGCGCCUCGCGCUAUCGUGAAGCCCCUGGCGCUGGCGCAAAGCCGCUUGGCGAUUUCGAACACAUCGGGCGCGCUGUGAGUAUUUUUUUACGCGAUGUGCCUCCCGGGUCUUCUUACCCUUCGCCCCGAGUGGUCUGCGGUAGUAGCCGGAUUAAUGGCGCAGCGGCAGCCUCGCGGUUGGCCCUCUUCUCUUCUGCCAUUAGGGAGGCCGUUCGCCUAUAAAGUCGCCCUUGCGCUUCUCGCUCGAGGCUGGCUCCAAGUCUGGGGGCUGUGGCAGUUGUGUCUUGCUGUGGCUUAGGUUGUGGCAGUUGUGCCGUGGGUUGUGGGGGUUGUGUCUUGAGUUGUGGCGUAGCUUGUGGAAGUUGUGCGCUAAGUUGUAUGGGGCAGCCGCAUGAGAAUAAAAGCCGCGCUUGAUUCUGUGGCCGUUCGAAUUUGAACACCAUGAGACUUGGGAGCCGCGUAAGCUUUAUGCUGUUCAAAUCCGAACAGCCUGGGAGUGGAGCUGGGCCUCUUCGUGUGCUUUCUGUGUGCGCACAACUCGCCACAACUUCUGCAACUUGGAAAACAGCCGCCACAACUGAGGCCGCAACUUCCGCAACUCAGGGGGGGCGCAACCCCCACAACCUUCCACGGCUUAAAAGUAAUAGAGUGCAGCAUCUUCGUAGGGUUUUGGCUUUUCUAACUGCCACGGGCUGAAUGCCUUCGCGUUUAGCGUUUUCUAUUUUUAUCAGUCUGUAACCGGCCCACGUGCGUUGCAUUUCGCAUCCUUGUCUUGCCUUAUCAGCUGCAGACUGACCCAGGCCCGCCAGCCGGGUACUUUCGUCCUUGUGUGAUUCGGUGCUGCUAGUGGGCUAUUGUGGAUGACUGGCCCACUGGUAAGGUAGCGCUCUCGCCUAUGGUAGCGCCUGCGUUCUCGUCACCAAUUUCCGUGAUGCCAGAACAGCGCAGCGGCCCGCUCUUAACAAAUCCGGGCGCGAGCAGCUUGGUGCUGGCGCCGGUCUUAUUUUUCUAGCACUCGAAUCUAUUGAGGGCUGCGCAUCCACACAGAGCGCGCUGUCGUGCGUGGGUCGAAUCGUAUUCGAAUCACCGCGAUCGCCCUCGACUCUGUUAAUCGAUUCACUCCCCCGCUUGUCAACUCAUAUUCUCGGGCCCUCUUCUUCUUUCGUUUCCUCACCCUCCCUCCCCUUCUUCGGUAGUCUGUCUAUCCACACUCGCCCCUGGCGGCGUCGAGCGCACGCUUCGGCUUAUCUCAACUGCGGACUAAAGUGCAAUCGUGUAUCUUCGUCCUGGUGUGAUUCGAUGCCGCUAGUGGGCUAGUGUGGAUGGCUGACCCACUGGCAAAACCGCUCUCGCCGAUGGCAGCGCCUGGACUCUGUCCUCCAUAUCAGUAACGUGAUGCCGCCUGUGUUUAAGAAUCUUCGCAAAUGCACUUCCCUGAAGAUCCUAAGUUGUUAACUUUUGAAUAUUCUCGAACUUGGCUCAAGUGGUUCGCAAGGAGGCUGGAGGCCAAUGGACUUGGGUUGGAUGCUUAUGGUAUUUCAGAUGACUAAUGUGAUUUUUUUUCAGGAAUCUCGUGGGGGUCAUGCAAAUUCGUCGAAAUUUGCACGACCUCCCCGAAGAAUUUGAAAAAAUCUGACGGCUUUCAUGGAUCUGCGUGGGGUGUCGUCUUUGAAGUUAAGAGGCUCUCGCCUCUUCUUUUUCCUUUUAGCCAUUUGGAAGCAAGAGGCAGUGGCCUUUUAUUGCUCCUUCUCAUUUCGAGCCAUUUUGGCUCAAGAUUCGAAACCUUCCAGACAGGACUUGAAAGCGGCGCCGGCUUGUUUGCAUUUGAUAUGAGGUGCGAAACAAAACGGCGCAGCUUGAGUUACCUCAAGACAGCCCCAGCUAUCCCCUUUUCUUCACGUGUUUUCUUUCUUCUGUAGUAGUGACUUCGGCCCCGGGAAGCUGCGAGAAGUCUUCAUUCUCUCACUUUGGUGGAGAACUUGGGCAGUUAUCUUUUUCAAUUUCAUAUCCCCGGCCACCCCCUAGAACUAGGAACAGCGUAGAGCAAAAAAAUGGCGCCGCAAAGCCAAGAAAACUAACGAAGGGGGGCAACUUCUCCACGACGCUCAAGGAGGAGCGACAGAGCGUUCCGAAGCCCAACACGGUGGGCAGCAACCGAUCCGCGCCGCCUCUGCAACGUCUUCCGGGCAUAUUUUUGACGUGACUGGGCGCCGAUUUCGUCGCGGUGGGACUCGUUUGGAGCAUUCGCAAGAGCUACCCACGGCUGAGGAGAUCGAGCCUCCGUAAUCGAGUGUCGGCGCAGCGAGUGCCGGGGCGGAACCGUUUGGGGAAGAGCUUGGGGAGCGUGCUGCGGCGGCAGGAGAAGCAGCCGGGCACGGCCGCCGUAAAAGCGGCUGUGAGUUUCUUUCAGGGAUUCUAUGCCACGUUGACCAAGGAGGAGCCGCAGGGACAACCUCUGCGCCAGCAAGCUGCGGCGACUGCUUUUGAGCAGACACCGGAGGCGGAGGAGCACUUCGGCGAGCGCUACAACCGUGACACGAGCCCGCUGUCCACACCGCGACGAGGAAGAGGAAGCGGGCACCGUGAACAGCACCAAGAAGAGCAGUUCGAGGACUUGCAGCUGCAGCAUAAAGGAGCGCGACACGAACAACCGACGAAAAGCCUUCGGCCAUCCUCUUUGGAAUCGACUCGCAGCGUGUUUUCUAUGCCGACCGGGGACGCCGGGGAGGGCCUUUCUGAUUUCUUUCCAAUACAGGUAUGGGCAAACGAGCCGAAGCAACGCCCUUCGAGCAGGAUCAUAAAGCGCCGAGCGGGUUUUGCUAUGAGGAUCAGGAAGAACAUCGCCCAGCCGGUGGCCUUCUUUAUCACCAGUUCCCAACAGCCCGCGAAACGCUACAAAGAGCCGCAGAACAAGAACAAGAGCAAGGAAGCGGAUUUAAGCAGGAUAAGCCGCGCACGCGCCUGGGUAAGUACUUCAGGGAGAUGCAGCAGAAGCAGGGGCGAGGCAGUGAGUUGCAGCACGGAAAAAGCACCACGAAGAACCCGCCUGCGGUUGGCUUCCCGUUGCUUCUGGAGUGGUUCCCUGAGGUCGUCUGGGAACUCGAAGCGUCGGGUGCCUUGCUUGAUAUUCUUCGCACCAUCGACGGCGCCGGGAUGAAAGCAGGCGAAGCCGUUUGGACUGGUUUAAACUAUGCGGACUUCUCGGGCUUAGCUUGGGAGCACAUCAGGGAAAAAGCUCGGAAAGCCGUGUCGCGCGUUCAUGGUCCUGGAGGCGUUCGCGUGGAGUUGCGUGCCGGUUCGUUGGUCGCGGACUGGCUUCGGCCCGGGGAGACCCGCGCGACGCAUCUGCAAAAGCUGAUGGAGAUGGGCGGCAAGGAGAUGGCAACAGUCUGCGUUCGUUGGUGCAGCUACAACUCUACUCGCUGUGGCAAUGAAAGGCGCAGGAAGUGGCAGCGGUGGAGCUUUCGCAAAACCUCACCUGCCGCAACUUAAGUUCAAAGCGGUCAGACAGGUGGACUUGGAGGCAGUGUGGGAGACUGUGGAAAACCGUCAGCCGCUGAAACAGUACCAGGCGGGGGAGGUGCUGCGACACGCUUGGAACGGGAUGCAGCUUGGGGACGUCGCCAACGGCAUAAAAAAGCGCACCACGGGAACGCCUGCGAACUUCGACGCGGUAUGAGAUUCCGCCGGGCUUUACCGUCUGCGUUGCAUUCAGUGACUUCCUCGCUGACCAACUUCGUGCCUUUUAGAAUUCGGAAUCGCAAACCAGUUUGCGGCCUCCAUGCUGGGAGGGCUUUUGAGCGCAGUCAAGUACACGACCGCAGGAAAGGAGCAGGGCGCGGCCCUCGUAGCCUUCGCAAGGUCUUAUCGUGUCCACUUCGCGUGGCUCAUGGAGGAACGCAGAGAAACCGGCAGCAUGUUCCUCGCCUUGUCUGAUGUCGUUGGCAGCGACAUGGAGCGCAAGAACAUGGCGAACAGUUUGAAGCACCGCAGCGGCUUGCUGAUUUGGAUUGUGACCAAGGUCGGCGAUUACUUCGGGGACCGCGGCGGCACGCCUGGGCAGCAGUCCUCGCAGGCAAUCCUAUGUCGGAUUGCGAUCACGGGCCAAGCUAGCAGAGCAAGCGAAACAGCAGCAGCAGCGCCCCGUCGGUAUUCCGCCGGCAGCAACGUAGCGAACACUAACAGGAAACCGAACCGGCGAGAGCAAGUGGGGAGCGAUGACCCCGCAGGCAGUGCGAGAAGAGCAGAACAGGCACACGACGACGCAGACACAAACGACGACCCGACCACAAGGAGCGAGACCCGCAGGAGCAGUGUGCGGCGGGAACCAUAUUAGGCACGUCCACCGCGCAAAGCUCAGCAAGCGCGUAAACGCCAUCGAGCGGAGCGGCGCGCCGGAACCCCGCCUGCGAUAGGUUUUUGCAGCUAUUGCCAGGAGCACCACAAGACCACCGGAGACCCCGCCGACAUCCUCUGCCCCGACAAGAUUGCUGCUGAGGAUUCACGUGAAGGAAAUGGCUUGCGUUGUGGCAUGGCUUGCGCUCCGUACGAGCACAGAGAAGAUUCGGCCGAGGUGCCUACGCGUCGCCUCGGUGCAGUGAACAGCGAGCAGCAGGACCAUUAGCGGCAACAGGAGCCAGCACAAGAGCAGGGAGCCGAAGAGCAGAAAACAACAGAGCAGCAACAACAAGCCAGCAAGCGCCACGGCGAACCAGAUGCAGAAGGCUGGCGAAAGGUUUUAGCAGGUGCGACAGGAAAGUGGAAAGCGAGCGGGAAGGGUUUAAGGCGAUGAACAGCCUGAAGGCGCCCGCGGCGGUCUUCUUGCGUAUCGCAAUCACUGAAGACGAGCCGAAAAGGUACGCAGGUGGGGCGGUGAUUGAUAGCCGCCAUGAGUGGCGCCCCGUCUCCUUCGAACUUCGUGGGCCGCGUCCUUGUCUUCACGCUAAAAGUUUGCACAGCAUACGCGGAGGAGCAAGGAGCUUUCCGCUCGCGGAAGCCGGUGCGGCUUUGGGUUCGUUGAAAUUUUCGCGCGCGUUGGCGUUUCUUUAUUCGCAACGCAGAAACCGGAGAAAGAGCCCAGAACGAAGACGCAGGGCCGCUGGCUGUGGGUUCUUUUAAACAGCUGAAGGGAAGCAGGAAGCCGCCUACCCCGUUGGGCGCAGUGCACGCUGAGGGAGCUCCAGUCGAAGCCCUUUUCGAUCGUUGUUGUUUGGUAGGAGCUGAGGAAGAGGGCCCGCAUCUGAUCGAUGGGGCCUUCUUUGAACAACCUCGAAAGCGCAGCCCCGGCGCAAUUCGCAAUCUUCGUGAAGUUGGUAGAGGCGUACUUACUUUAGCUAGGAGCCGCAGCGCACCAGCUCCGUUUGUUCGUCGGCUUGUCGAAGUCCUCACCACAGUCGCCGAAAACAAGAAGGGGCAGCAGUGUAUGUGGAUUCUUUUCGCGGUGGUUCCGUGGCUGUGUGUUCUGUUGGUGACAGCAUGGCGCUCGGCUUUCGUUAUUUCGCUGAGGUGUUCGGAGUGCAGUACGAGCCGGAGGCGCUGAACCUCACGAGACUCAACAUCUCAAUCCCGAGAGGAGUGGGGAAGAAACUGCGAGGCCUUUAAAGCCAUGAGGGCAGGAGGAGGAGAAAGCGGACGAGCAACGAGAAACGCAGGAGCAGGAGCGGCAAGAGCAGGAGCAAGAGGAGCAGCUAGAGCAGGAGAACCAAGCCAAAGAAGAAGAAGCCGGCGACGAGACGUCUGGGGCCGCUGCGUCAGACUCGGAGGAGACGCCGCAAGGCGCCUGACUAAGUUCCAAGAAAAAGACGAAAAAGCCGAGCCAGAAGGGCCGGCAGCAAGCCGGGAAGGUGAAAGCGGUGGAGGGAACUUCGAAGCAGGAGCGGACACAGGGGACGAAGAAACGAGAAACGAAACCGGCAGCGAAGAAGGCUGACAAGAAAAGAGCCGAACAAGAAACGACGGAAACCGAACAGACAGGGCAGAACCCGGAAGAAGCUACCAGGGACGCAACUCAGGCCGUGCAGAAGACUCGAAUACCCUCAGGAGACGGGGCGCGCCUGCUCGUGCGUCUCGACUUCAUGAGGCUGAGACCUGGGGGGCCGUAUUCUUUGACAGCGCGGCAAGGGUGUGGAGCUGAUCUGAGCCGGGUGAUGCCGAUUCUGCUCCGGGUGUUCUUAACUUAUUGCCUUGGAAGCUUCGCAUGAUUCCAGACUCAGCAGAAGCCUCAGCACCGAAAAGCUAGUAGCGCGAGAAGCUUGCGGCUUGCCUCUGUCCCAGCAAGAAGUCGCGGGCGCGGUGCUUGGUGUUGGGAAGCUCCUUGGAGGCAAGCCGGCGCCGCUAUUAGUCGAGCAGCAAGGAAGCAGAAGGCAGGUUCUCUGCGUGAAUAUGUGCGGCGCUGCUGGGGACGCAGAUGAGCCAGAACAACCACAACGAGGGCGGGGCAAGUUCAUGAACGCGAAGCACAAGGAGGAGGCGCGGAGGAACCUCGACCCAGCUGAAGAAGAGGCGCCAGCAAUCCGCGAAGAGAUUGCCAGCAAGGAAGCAAAGCGGAGAGGAGGCUCCGACAAAAUUCCGAGAGACAGCGAGGAGAAGCACAAGAAGAAAAUCUGAAGGACGCGCCGGAGCUUCUUCGCGCUAAGGUUAUCGACAAGAUUACGAGAGACGCCGAGUACUUGCACGACGGCGGGGCAGAGUUUCCAUCGCUGAAAAGAAAGGGGUCUGCGCUUCGCAUAAGAUCAAGAAUUCAGCGCAAUGGAAGCUGCAGCAGCCUCACAGCUUGACUCUUUUGGAUUCGAUGCGGGUCAGUUUUCUGAUUGAAGAGCACAUCCUCGAGGACUGACAAGAUCCGGCACCAUGACGCGAAAAACGAAGCGCCGCCGCCGAUGACUUCGCCAGGCUUUUUAGCUGGCAGAAAAGGGCACGGGGCUCGCAGAGUCGUCGUUGACUACUGAAAACACAGCGAGCAGGCCGAGGAUUAUCAUAUGGCAACGCCGCGCGCUGAUAGGACCUCCAGCCAAGAACUUGCUGAGCGGGGGGCGGAGGUGGUUCGUCGUCUUAGAUCUGGCGAUGGGCUAUAGUCAGAUGCUGUUGGACCCAGAGGCUGCGAAGUGCCUUUCAUGGUCAACGUCUGGAGGGGUCUCAUCUUCAUCCCCACGCGCUUACCAUUAGGACUGAAGUGGGCGCCUGCGUUCUUUCAGAGCCACACGCAGCGAGUUUUCGGAGCUCUUCAGUGGUGCAGUGUUUUCUUCGAUGAUCUCUGCUUCUCUGUCUCCGCGUGUUCGGAUGAAAAGUUGUUGCAGCGUUUGGGCGCGUUGUUCGAUAGGUGUCGAUAGUCGGGCUUCUGUUUAAGCUUGCACAAGUCCGUGCCUGCAGCACGCUCCGCCGAAGUAUUGGGCUUUGAUGUUUCAGCCCAAGGACGAACCCCGACCCCGAAGGGGCGCGAAGCUCUACAGAAGUGGCCGCAUCUGAAGACCGCUGAGAACUUGAAGUCUUUCGUCUGCUUCGCAAACUACCAUAGGGGGCCCAUUCCUCGCCUGCCGCAGACUGUUGAACCGCUCUGAAAGUACAGCGACAAGAAAGCGCCACCCAAGCACUUCGAAACCGACGAAGAAGCGCGGCGACAUGUGGAGGAACUACGGCACGCACUUGACGCGGGGGCUUACUUCUUGGCUGCUUGACUUAAGUAGAUGCGGCGGUGGCCUCCGUUGAACUGGCGCGAGGCUGGCAGGCCUCCCUGCUGAGGUUUUCUGCGAUGCGUCAGAGAUUUCGGACAGCUUCGCUGUUUGUCAGAGAAAUGAGGCGCGCGGACGUCUUUUUCCGAUCUGUUUCAAGGGUCACACCGUUAGCGAGCAGGAGUGAAACUGGUCGACAAUGGCGAAGGCGUUGCGCGGGGCGUGGCCCGCGUAAUGUACAGCCCACGCGUGGCGAGUGGAGACAUCUCAUGAGCGGGCUCAGUCUUAGCAUCCUACGAAAGCGCGCCAUCCUUAUACUCGACGAGUGGCGACGGGUGUAAAAGGUGAACGCGGUCGCCGCUCUUGCCAGAGAUGUUGCGGAGAGCGUUGAAAUUUUUGGUGGGAGAGGGGUGGCGAUCGCCCGCGAGUCCACUGACGUGGCCUGCAAAUGAGAAAUCGCAGGGAUUGCUAACAGAUCGAAAGCACGCGGAAAAUACCACUUGAGGGAAAGCUACCUGACCGAAGAGUGCCACUUGAUGGAAAAAUCGACUGAGCGCCGUGACAAGUGGCACACAUUUUAGCAAACGAUCCUUGACAGAUGGCGACGGACUGCUGAGUCGGCAAGUCUUGGCAUGUCGACCGGCUUGGGAGGCUUAUGAAGUGUCGGGAGACCGCCUCGCAAUGAAGAUCGCGACUGAGAUAGAUGAUCUGUGUGCGCGUGUGAACGUGAUCCCACCCGUCGGUGUGUUCGUGACGUUGUGAAACCAGAAAGGUUUAAGGAUAAGCAGAGGCGAUAGUCGCAUGCGUUUUCGCUGGCUAUUUGGAAAUCCCUCUGCUUGAGUUCUGCGAGCUCUGGCCUUGCGUCAGACGUAGCGUGGCUCAGUCGUGUCACUGAUUUACUGCCAUCAAACUUUCUGGCAGGGUUUGCGGCUCGCUGAGCUCUCGCAAAAAUUGCUAAAAAGCUUGCGCUUGCGCGCCACGAUGGACUACUUGAGAGUAGUUAUCCUAUUGAGAAUCUUGAAUAUACCUGAGCGAAGUUUUGCGAAACGAAUCAAGUAAAAGCGAGGCGUGGGCGCCACUUUUAUGAGUGUAUGGGCGGCGCACAUAUAAAAGCUAGAAAUGAAAAGAACGCGACGACCUACAGCAACGUCUUCGAGUGCCUACGGGGGCGCGCAGACUUUCCUGAGCCGAAAGACGUGCCCAGCUCGCACCUACAUCGGAUGGCGCUUUGCGCGCGUGAUCUUGAGAAACUCGCUGAUUAUGGAAAGGCCGCCAUCUCGCUCGAGGAGAUUGGCGCUUGCUUGAAAUUCUGCGCCCACCCUGAUCGUGGGCGGGAAUGUGCGCCCGCACACGGAGGCGCUGAGAUCUUUCGCGAAGACGUGGACUGUAGCCGCACAUCUCCACAAGACUACUGGUCGCGCGGGGUUGUGUAAGGUCUGGAGUCCAAUGCUGAGCAAGCUCAUGGCUGACUGGGGCUUGAACCAGAGUGGAACAAAAACUGACAAGCGCACCCGCCUAGUAGUAGUAAACGCGGCGGACGCGAUCAGCAUCCUGGUGGAAUUCCAGACGGAAGGACUCCUCUAUGGGAAUGCGACCCACGCAUGGCAAAGCGGGGCGCCGCACUGGCGAGCCUUGGCAGCCCGCUGAAUAACUACGCAGGAAGACGCAGUGUGGCAGUUGUUUCCUCAUCCUCUAGCACUGGCAUGAACGCCGUAGAAGAGGACUUGACGGGGGGUGGAACUCCGUCAGCUUCUGGCUUGGGCGAGCCUCGCAUCUCCCCGGCAAAGAGCUUCGGAGAAGAUGCCGUGGAGCUCGGAGGACAGGCAACAUGACUGGAGCGACACUCCACUGACGGUAGAAAAGCGGCACUCUGAGAAACUUGCCGAGCAUGAUGCUCAAUCGAAAUACGAGGCACCCCACCCGCGACACAAUAGGAAGACCGUAGGUCGAAAGAAGCAUGGCGGCGAGUGCACCAGCUGGCUCGACGGCCGAUCGCGCUAUGGCCUCGCUCUCUCACGACUAUUGGAAGCGCGUCUGCGCUGAAGCGCCCUGCUCAGGAUCAGCAGACCCUGAUCGGUCAGGUCGUGGAGACCUUGACGAAGACGCUCGGGCUAGCUAAUUCUGAGGGAGGGAAGCUUGAGAGCUGUGUCGGAGAGCAGCAUCCUCCAAGACGAGGCCACCCGCCCCCAACUGCCACUGGGCGCAGCUGAGGGCGCAAGUCUAGGACUGCGCACGAGUGACCGGCUGGGUGACGUGGUGGCAAGCCCCGCGAUCUGCUCACGUGGGCCAAUGCUAAGCCACCUGAGAACGCGAAGUGGCCAAACGUCCGCGACAGGCUGGGGACGGGCCUACGGGUAUGACAUAGAAACGAGAACGGCAUGGGCGGCCUAUCGUGAGAAAUCCACUUGAUGAAGGAACAAGAGUGAAAAAGUUGAGAAAUAGGGGCAAAGCCUAAUCGGGCAUGGAAACUACAUGAAAAGCGAAAAACUGACAGGCUUGAAGGCAACAAGUCGGCCUACACUGGCGUCGCUUUGUUGAACAACGGCGAAGGGAAAUAUGCCGACCGCAGCUAUCCCCUGUGUUGGAUGUGCCUCGAUGGAAACGCGGAGUGAAAGUUUCCAAAGUAAGAUGGUCAGCAUUCACAAGCAGACCACCAUGGCGCGUGGCCUCUGUGGUGCAAACGACUGGGGGGCGAUCGAUGACUUUGCGUGCGUCGCGCCGUGGGUCUGGCUCUAAGAGCAGUGCUGUGAACUGUAGGCCUUGCUUAGGAAUAGGACGGGCUGAGGGUGAAGCUGAUAGUGACGAAAAUGGAGGUGGCUAAUUCUAGCACCUCCUCGCGCUGGAAAUAUAAUAUGAAACAAAAAGCAGCACCUUCUGCCACUUCUUGGCCUCGGCUCGGGCGUAUGCAUUGGACAAUGGGGGCCCGCGGUGUGAGUGCUCUAGGGCUGGGACUUGCGGGCACUGAGCCCCAGCAAUAUCUUGAAGCAGACUACCAGAGUGCUGGAAUGCUUUAAAGCGACUGAAACCGCUAAAACUUUUGAACCGGGAAAGGGGGCGCACAUUACACGCGCUGGGGCUUUUCUGUGAGGAAGGCACGCCAGAAUUUGACUGCUUCGCGAUUCUCUUUUACUUCGACCACAAGAACAACGGAACAGCGGAGGCGGGGCUCUUUUUGCCAAUCAACGAGUCGCAGAGAAGUUUCGCAGAUGGAUCGGGGAGCUUUAUGACAACUUCGCCCGCGGCAGUAUUGCUCGCUGUUUUCUCCUUGGUCAGCGCGACGUCUUGGCGGAUGUGAUCAGCCGCACUCGGUGGGGCGAUGUUGAUGACGAUGCAGCCGCCGUUGUGGUUGUUAGUGUAGUCAAGAAGGUGGCGCCGAUAGACGUGCGGGGGGGUUUAUUGGCUUCCCCUUCGAGAAUCUGGGAGGGUCUCUGGUUCGAAUCCUGGAGGGGACUCGACUGGCAGGGAGGCGGCCUUCAGGCUGGCUGCCGCCCCACACCCAGGGGAGAGACAAACGGGGACCGCGCUGCGCCAGACAGUGCGGGGAGAUGAGACCCAAGGGGAGCCCUCUGAGCAGCUGACGGCACCGCGCCCACGCGGUCCAUCGUGUGGCUCACAACCCUGGCCACAACUGGACGGCGUCAGCCCAUCUGAUGAGUAGCCGGGCUGGGUGAUGCAUAAACACAAGGGGCGCCACCUGGGCAAGGCCUCAAGGUCAGGGGCUGGCUGCGUGGUGUCCAGAGGGGAACCCUCUGCACCCGAAGCGCCAGCAGGUCGCGGCCAGGCGACCGCCCUCCCCAGGUCGGGGAGGUUCCUCUCUCUCUCUCUCUCUCUGGGCCAACGCGUAGGACAGCAAGAAACAGGACCAGAGCAAGCGAAAGCCACGAAGCUCGCGAGAAUGGCUCUUGGGAUGCGUGUGCUUGGUUGAGGUGGUUGCGGCGCUUUUCAACGCGCCAGAAAAGUUAGCAGGGCGAGCAUUCUUUGCGGCAUAUGUGAACAACUGCGCCCCCUUUGUUGUCGCAGUUUCGUGCACAACGUGCAGCAUUGGCCGCAGGCUUCGAGUUGAGGCUGUGCCACUCGACUCGGACACGCUCAGCAGCUUGGCAUCUCGAAGUGAAAGGCCGGCUGAAGAAGUUGGCUCGGCAGAUGGUCAGCCGCGUAGGAUGCAGAAAGUACCGCAGGGCCGACUUGGAGGCGCGUAGCUAGAGCCUUGGCCCAGGCUUUUCGGGAGUGGUUGGCAAGUCUCUCAACGAACAACGCACGAGGGCAGCCUCCGUGCCUCCAGCUUUCUCCACGAGGAUUUUUUUGGAAUUCGAGGAAACGAACGAGGAACAGCAGCAAGGCAACUCGAGAACGAUCCGAGACUUUGACCUGACGAAGAUGACGAUCGACGACCCAGAAACGACUUGCGGCACCCCGCUACGAUUGGAAGCACAUGGAUGCAACCGGGGGCGGCUACUCUGGUCACGGCUAUCAGUGUGGCUGUAUGUGCUGCCAAGUCUUCGCGACACCGAACGAGCAUGCAAGAACUGAAAGCACAAGACGACGACAACAGCAACGACCCAAAAGAGCAACAAGACAGCGCGCCGAAGGAUAGCAACGGCAACGACAACGGCAACGAAGAGCAGCAAGCCGAGGCGAGGGACCUAGCAGGGCAGGCCUCAGAACUAGAGAACGAACAUGAAGACGAACGAAGACGCAGCAGCCGGAGAAACAGCAGAGCUGAGGGCGAUUCUGCUAGAUUUCGAAAAGGGGAGUCCCAACGGAGACAGCACCGACGACACCAGGGCCGGGGACCUUUAUUCGGCUUUGUGGCGUGGCAACGUGUUGACAGAGUUGGCAGCAUUUCGCAAGUGGGUUUCUGCGCCGGGAUGGUUUUCAGUCUGGCCAGCAAGUUGGGGAACAGUUCGCGCUGUCCUCUUCUACCGAGCUGGGCCGCGCAAGCUUUUCAGGAUUCGGCACGGCAGGCCGAUGGAGUUGCUGAGAGAGGCUGCCGGAUCGUCUGGCGUCGUGUCUGAGGAUGCGGAGUCCUGCGGUGCUCUUUUGAUGGGCAGGAGGCGCGCCUGACAGUGCGUCGCAGGUGGUGCAGUUUCAUUUCCGCGACUGGAGGUUGCACGGGAGUAGCGGCGUGGCGAGUGCUAUGCGUGGGCCCACCUUGCAAGCACUUGCAGAGCGAGACGAAAAAGCCAGCGAAGAUUGGAUGGAGACAGGAAGCGCGGCGAGGCAUAGUAGUUGGCAUGAGAGCAGAGGCGAGAAAGCUGGCUAGAAGGAAAGGAUCGAAGAGGGCGAGGACAGAUCUGACGGCGAUGGUUGUAUGCUUCAAAAGGUCUGCGGAAUCUGGUGCACCACUGUGCCGGAGGCUUUGCGAGCGACGGGCUGAAGAUUCUCAAGGAGAGCCGCGACCAGUCCCGCGGGGCAUUCUAUUCAUUCGGCGCAACUUUAGAAAGACCUCGACAGGGACGUGUCUGGUGGUUUGGCAUCGAGGAGGAACGCGAAGAGCUUUGUGAUUUGCGUUGCUUGGUAUGUGGAGUUGAGCCAGCCAACGCGAAGGCCGGUUCUGUUUUCUACCAAGAUACCGCCUGGCGCUUUGGUGGUAAGUUCUUCAUCGAUCACCGUGGUCCUUAUCCAGAAUCCAGGCGUGGAGACAGCCAAGUACUAUUUUACCGCUGUCGGCUUUGCCACUGGAUAUGGAGUAACUCGCAGUGCACAGCGCCGGCCUGAAAUGUGUCGCCCCUUGCUCCAAGGGUUCCCGAGCGGAAUUCGUUGCGGCAACGGAUUCGGGGGAUGUGGCGGACUCGUUGCGAAGUUGUGUCGUAGAUGCUGGAUCCGGUUCAAGCUAGCCUCACGAGAGAACCCACGAGGUCAGUGGCCAAUCGAGUCCCCCCACAAGGAGACGCGCGCCUUUCUAGCUACUCGGAGCCGGAUGAGAUUCAGCAGCAAGAAGAACACCGGGGACAGCGAGCAAGAUGCAUGGCUCACAGUGGCACUCGGGAACGACUUCACGGCCCGCAUGGGGCUACAAAUCUGCCCGCCACUGAUUCCGCUCCAACGAGAAACCGCGCUUACAGCUAUCCGCAGUCGCAAAACGAUUCGAAGACGACGAAGACCCGACCGAGGGGGCGCUAGAUCGUCUAGACCACGACGCACGAGCUGCGGAAGAGAUGCCAGCGGAGCACAAGGCACGACGCGAGAAGGCUUUCCUCCUCAACGACGAACCGCAGGCAGCCAGCAGGCAGGGGACGAGCGGCGGAGAGUUCAAGGGGGGCGAUGCGGUUUAUUAUAGGCGUGGGCGGGCAGAAGUUAAAUAAGCGGAAAGGCAUGCUUAUAGGUGUGAGUGUCGCUUGCUUGUACAUGGUCAAGCAGAAGCCGGGCCCGAUCUCGUGCUUUCUGGUCGACUGGCGUGACAGUCUAACCAACGGCGACCACAUUCGCGCAGCCAGUUCGUCGAAAGUCCCCGAGCGGUGCCGGGCUAUGUGUUGGGGAUUUUCUGGUAGACAUCGGGAGACGCUCCUGGGCGACAGCCGGGAAGGUCGGCGCGGGUGUCUUUGUGAAGAGCUGCGGCGCGUUCUGACUGCGAUACGCAUACGAGAAAGACGGCGAGGAAUACGUAGGAAACAGGGAGCACGUAGCGGGGCUCUGUUUCGGUCUUCGGGAAAGUGCGCGGGGAACGGUUUGCGGUUAAGAAUCGCAAGCGCUCUCCCUUGAAGGAACUAAGUUGUUAGCUUUUGAAAGUUCUCAAACUUGUUUCAAGUGGUUCGAAGGGAGGCUGGAGACCAGUUAGCUUUAGUUGGAUCCUUAUGGUGGUCCGGAUGGUCCGCGUGCUUUCUUUUUUAAGAAUCUCGUGGGGGUCAUGCAAAUCUGUCCAAAUUUGCACGACCUCCCCAGACGGAACCUGCGUGCAUGCGGUUCCGUCUUUGAAAUUAAUUAGCAUUCUCUUCUCCUUUUUCCUUUUAGCCAUGUAUUUGGAAGCAAAAGGUGCCGGCCUUCUAUUUCUCCUUCUCAUUUCGAGCCAUUUUGGCUCAAGAUUCGAAACGUUCUAAACAGGACUUGGAAGCGGCUUCGGCCUAAUUGCGUUUGCUAUGAGACUCAAAACAAAACGGCGCAGCUUGAGUUACCUCAAGGCUACCCCAGUUGUUCCCCUUUUCUUGCCGUGUGUUCUUUCUCCUUUUGUAGUGACUUCGGUCCCGGGAAGCUGCAAGAGGUCUUCUUUCAGGCGUCCUCUUGCUGAGGUGGGUGAAGCGUGGGCCCCAGCGAUGGCAAAACUUGCCAGGGAUGAACGUCGGAGGCUCGGAUCCCUAUAUCUACCCGGGAAGUGGCAGAUGUGGUGGCUAUCGCUUCGAUUUCGAUCAGAUUGCGAUGCAAAUUCGGGUAGAAAAGGCACUUUGUUGAUGAUGGUUCUCGUCACCAAAAUCCCAAAAAUCAUGUAUUCCGAAGAAGCUGAGGAUGUUUAUUCGGGGGUCGUAGUCUAAUUGAUUGAGACCAAGUAUUUUUAGAUCCGAGGUCUGAGGAACAUACACAUGGUCACUUCAUCACUGUACAGAUUCGAAAUGACAUUGAAGCUCCUCAUAAUGAAUCGUGUAUAGAUUUUGUCUUUUUUUUCUGCAUGAAGGAUUUAGACCACAUGACCUAGUAUAGAUCUAGUUUUUUUCUUUUUUCCUUGAUUGAUGACACUUGCCUUCCCUUUCAGAUUUAGAGUAUGACUUCGAUUGCAGAUUUUUUGGGAAUGGGUCUUAGAAAUUGACUGCGGAGGGUCUAUACGUCCACAUGAGACUGGGAAUGAGCAAGAGAUUGGUAUACCUGUGUGUGAUCCACUACUGGCCCUUCUCCGAAGGGCGCCACGAC